AUGUCUGGACAGCUAGGGACAGGGAAGAGCUCCCAUCAGGAGGUGCAUCUUUUGUGUUCCACAUAGUAGUAAUUAAAGAUGAUGAUUCCCAAUGUCCCUUGUGUAGAGCAAUCCACUGUUUUUGCACUGGGUGUGAGUGCCACUCUAGAAUUCUUUGGAGUACGGUAGCCUGGUGGUACUUAAGGAAGGUUUGAGCAAGCCCCCCACCCUCCCAAUGUCUUGGUAGACAUAAUAAUUCAUGUCUGAGUCUCGGCCUCUCGCUUCUCCAUACAUAGCUUAUCACCGACAACCAUAAGGAUGCAAAGAAUGUUGUGGGUAAAGCUAACGGUACCGUCUGAUAAAGGUACAGCAAUCUGGCCAAUAUAGUCAUCUUUGUAACGGCCAUAUGGCUAAGCCAUGACAAAUGUGAGUAGGUCCACUUUUUAAAAUCAAGUUGGAUUUGAGUAAGCAAUGAUAUUAAAUUUGUUUGGUAUGAGUCAUGUGGAUCUACCAUCACUCAGCAUCCUAAAUAUUUAAUCUCAGAGGUGCAUCAACUGAAGGGGACUGGAAUCGCAGGAAGGCACUAUCUCCACCAGGUGUGUUGUUGUUGAGAACCUGGCAUUUCGACAAGUUAAGCUUGAGUCCAAAUAUGUCUACGUAACUCUCAAACUCUUUCAUCAGACACGACAGUGUAAUCCUAGUAUUCAUUAUUAAUAAAAAAAACAGCAUGUCAUUCGCAUAUACUGCGACCUUGUUCCUGACCCUUUUCCAGUGAAAUCCGGCAAUAUUCACAUUAUGCCAUUCUGCUUCUAAAAAUAGCUCCAGCGUUAAGGUAAAAAUCAGGGGGGAUAGUGGGCAACCCUUCCUUGUGCCAUUGUGGAUUUUGAAAUUUUUCGUUAAAGCUCCAUUAACACAGACCUUAGCAUCUUAGGCAGCUGUAGAUUGCUGUGAUCAAUUCUACUAUUGGAACACCGAAGCAUGGCAUAUCAUUUGCAAAAGUAGACAACCCAGGGUAUUCAAAAUGGGGUAUGUCCAGUCUUUUUUAGUAUUCAUAUUUGUUUUGUGCAUUUUUCACUAAACAAAAAAAGUGCCCUUUUACCAUUAAUAUCAUCAGCAUUAAAUGUUUUGCUGCUCUAAAACACUCAUAUUUGCGGUGUUUUGGAAAUUUACAAGGUCAAAUAUAAGGCUUGCUUCUUCUUCAUAGGAAAUUGGUAUUAUGGCACAUAUAUUAUAUCUGUAAUACUUAAUUAUGUUAAAUAUUUUUAAUACCCAAUAUUUUUAGGAUAUGUUAUCCCUUUCUUUAUAGAAAAUUGAGAUUAUGCGAUACAACUCUUUCCUUCCUUUUAAUAAUUCAUGUUCUGUAUAACUACAUGUUGUGUAACUCUCUUUUUUGACAAAUAUGCUAAUUUAGAAAUUUAUAUUUUUAUGGAUUCCCUAUCGGUAUGAUGGGAUAGAAUGCUUAGAAUAGAAACAUUAAGCUGCUGCAGAACAUCAUAGAAGACGGUGAACGCACGUUGCGUUCCAACUAGACGCAACCCGGAAGUAAGAAUCGCCGUUGGAACGCACGUUGCGUUCAAACGACACGGAACCCGGAAGUGAUACAUAUAGCCAACGAAACCGGCAAGCGGGCUAUUUAAACGAAGGCAGAAGCACACAGAUGACACCACAGCCAACUGAGGAAGUCUGUUAAGCAGGCGAAACGCAUUUUGGACUUGGACUUUUUAUUGGACCAUCAAGUUUACCCAGAAAUAUCUGGUAUAUAUAUACAUUAUCUUUUUUUAUUGUAUUUUAACUUACUGAAGAAAUAAAACCACUAUUAAAGGAUUACUUCUACAUCUGGCAUUCUUUGGGUCACCUACUAAGAAACAUAAGUGGCAGCAGCAAGAAUCCUGCAAAAGAAGGGUCCGGACAACCCCUAAUGGUCCAAGGAAGCAUACUACUUGAGUCGAAUGACGGUAUGACUCUUGUCGUGUGAGUUGAACCACUCUUUAUCAUUAUUCUACAGUGUUUUACAGACAUAUUGCACUAUUUGUUUGUACCUAUUUUAUUUUGCAGAAAAUUUGCAGAAUUUAAGAGCUCCACCUAUUAUAUUGUAUGUAUUGAUAUAUAUAUAUAUAUAUAUAUAUAUACACUUUAUCAAAAUACAGUUAGAACAAAAUUACACAUAUUUAAUGUUUUUAUUUUUGCUUAUUUAUUAUAUAUAUAUAUAUAUAUAUAUAUAUAUAUAUCUAUAUCAUACAUUUUCUUUAUGAAUAAAUAUAUAUAUUAACCGGGUGAUGGACCCCAUCCCUCAUGCUUUAAAAUUAAGCCCAGAUCGCCGCGAUCGCGGGGUUAACGAUGCUUCAGUCUGUCUCUGUAUUAGAGGCGGACCGGGAGCACCCGAUUGCUCUUCCAGGCUGUCAGAGCGAGCACAUGUGCUGCAGGGACUCACAAUCCGCCUCCCUGCGCUUCCGGGUUCAGUGUGAAGUGCAGGGAGACGGAUCAGCAGUGAUCAGCUUCCCUGUUAAAAAAAAAUAAAAAUAAUAAUGUUUAAUUAAAAUCCCACCCCCCUUUACCCAUUUUAAAUAAAAAAUAAAUCCUUCCCUACUACAGUGAUCAGUUGGCAGGGUAUACAUUUUUUCUGUGAUCUGAUAUAUUUUUUCUUUUUUUUACCCCUGAGGGUCAAUAUGUUAUUUUAAUUAACCCUCAGGGGUUAAUUGUAUUUUAUUAAUUUAAAAAUAUUAAAAUGGUAUAUUUAGCUAGCUGGGGUGGGUGGAAGUUAGUGGGGAAAUGGGGAAUUUGGUGUUGGGCUAGCUAGGGGUUAACGUUAAAAAAGUUUUAAAAAGUUAAAAAAAUGUUUUAAUAAAAAAAUUUUUAAAAGUAAAAAAAAAAUCCCACCCUCCUCUACCCAAUUCUAACAAAAAUUAACCCCUUCCUUGCCAGUUGAUCACUACCUACAGUGAUCAAAAUACAGAUCACAGUAUUAUACUUAGGGUUAACCCUUAGGGUUAACUUAUUUCUUUUUUUUUAACCCUCAGGUGUUCAAUUUAUUUAAUUCAUUAAUUUAAAUAUUUUAAAAUGAUAUAGUUUGCUAGCUGGGGUGGGUGGUUGUUAUAGGAAAUGGGGGAAUUUACCGUUAGUGCUGCUUACUGCUAGUUAGGGGUUAAAGGACCACUAUAGGCACCCAGACCACUUCAGCUUAAUGAGGUGGUCUGGGUGCUUGGUCCAUCUAGGGUUAACCCUUUUUUCUAUAAACAUAGCAGUUUCAGAGAAACUGCUCUGUUUAUGUUAGGGUUAAUCCAGCCUCUAGUGGCUGUCUCAUUGACAGGCGCUAGAGGGCUUCCGCGUUUCUCACUGUGAAAAUCACAGUGAAAAGACGCCAGCGUCCAUAGGAAAGUAUUGUGAAUGCUUUCCUAUGGACUGGCUGAAUGCGCGUGCAGCUCCUGCCGCGCAUGCGCAUUCAGCCGAAGAGGAAGAGAAGAGGGAGGAGAGCUCCCCGCCCGGCGCUGGAGAAAUAGAUAAGUUUAACCCCUUCCUCCCACAGAGCCCGGCAGGAGGGGGACUGGCACUAUAGUGGUCCUUAACAGUAAACAAUUUAAAAAUAAAAUGGCUUAUAAAAAAAUUAAUAAAUCUAUAAAAAAUAGUUUUAAGAAAGUUUGUGAAAGUUUAAAAAAUUUAAUAAGCUAAAAAAUUGUUUUAAAAAGUAAAAAAAAGUUUAAAAAAGUAAAAAAAUUAAUUUGAAAAUGCUCAUUACCACUACACUUGGAACAUACUAGAGAAAAAAAUGAUCCCACGCUAAGGUUUAAAAUACGCCUUUUGAAUUACCCCAGGGUGUAUUCUUUGAUAAAUAGUAUGUGUUUGUGGGGAAGUUUCAAUAACCAUCCAUCUAAAGUACUCCAAAAUGGAACAUGGACACAGAGUAAAACUUCAAAGUUAGAAAAAAACUGGAAUGGCUGUGUCCCAAAUGUGCCCCUCCGAUGUCCACAUAUACCUGGCAAAGGUACAUGCAGGGGUAUUGCUGUACUCAGCUGACAUAACUGAGCAACAUAUGAAGUAUUAUACAGUCGUAGCACACAUACGAUUUGCAAAAUAUACUGUGCAAACUCACUUUGUGUGUCAAAAAGGCAGAAAAAACGCUUAUUACCACUACACUUGGUACAAGCUAGCGGAAAAAUUAUCCCACACAAGGUUCAAAAUAUGCCUUUUGGAAUACCCUGGGAUGUGUUCUUUAAGAAAUGGUAUGCCUUUAUGGUGUAGUAAUAUGUAGCCUGCUCAAGUGCUCCAAAGUGGGACACGGACGCAUCAAAACCCUCCAUGAAAAUUCACACUUAAAAAUCUGAACUUGUCACGUCUCUUUUACAGCACUAUAACUUCACAAAAUAGUGUCUAGGUCAUACAUUGGGCAUAUUGUUUUACUCGGAAGGUGUAACUGAGUAUAAUUUGGGGAUUUUAUAUGACAGUGGUACAUAUCAAGUGUAAGAAAUACACAGCAAAAAUGCAAUAUAUAUGUAAAAAUGCCAUUUUGUCCCCCCCUCACCACAAACAUUGAUAUAUAUUGGUGAAAAAAUGGUGAGACGUUAAGGCACAAUAUACACCAUAUAAGAUACCCUGGGGUGUCUGUUUUAUCAAGUGAAAGCCCUUUGUGGGGUUAUUUGAACAGUCACACUGCUAGAAUACCCUAAAAUGCGACAUAGGCCGGUCAAAUACAUCUACGAAAAUUCUAACUAUAGAAACUGAAAUAGCCUUGUCUCUUGUAUGGCACUGUAGCUUUACAGAAAAGUGCCAAAGGCAUACAGUGGGGGUAUCGUUAUACUCAGCAGAUGUAGCUGAACAGAAUAUGGGGUUCUGUGCAGGAAUAGCACACCCCAGCUUUACGAAAUACACAUUACAAAAACCUUGUUAUAUGUGUAUAUGCCCAAAUAAAGAAAAAACACAAUUUUACUCCAAUAUUUAGCAGAAGAGAGCAAAAAAAACAAGUUGCAAGAGAGUGCUGAGGACAGACAACAGCUCAAUUAGCCUGCCCGGUGGUUCCCCGCUCAGUUCUCAAGCUGGUUUUAGCUCAUCUUGUGCCAUUACAAAGAGAACCAGACCAUGCAUCUCAGACUGAUUCCAACCAACAGGGCAGAACAGAUCCAAAAUACAGGCCGGCUCUCUCUGCACCAGAGAUACAGCAACCCCAGACAAUCGUUUCAGCCUUGUUAGGCAUUAUCAGUGAGGCAUUGGAGAUUGGCGAUGAAAUGGCUACGUAAAAAGUGUCAAACUAACCUUGGGUAAAUAGCCUUUGAUGUCUACUUUAUAUAAAUAUAUACUUUUGUAUGGCAAUUUUGUUUUCUUUUAUGGCUAUUAAGCUUACAAGACAAGCAUACCAAAUUCUAAAAUCGCUCCAGAUUAAAAGUUUAUUUUACUUCUUGUGCUUUGUGACCUGUAACUACCAAAAAAAAAACUUAAAAGCCCAGACGCAUUAUGUAUUCUGUAAAUCAGAACAACUAAAUUAAUUAAUUUUAAUUACUUUCCUUAACCUGCACUAAUUAUGCACACAUUAUUAUUGCAAAAACUGUAAAAAAACAAACAACCUUUUUCCUUUUUUUUGCAUUUUUCUGUAUUUUUUUUUAAAUAAGUGUGUGUGUGUAAUAUGUAUGUUACAUUAAAUUAAAGCUCUUUCUGUCCUUUAAAAAACAGUAUAUAAUAUAUGUUGGUGCAAUAAAUUAGUAAAAUGCAAAUUGCAGUUGAACGCAAACAACAAAAAAUGCAAAGAUUGCUUGUGUCAUUAAGCGUAAGACAAUCUUCUGAAGCUGUGUCCUUAAGGGGUUAAUAAUAAAAUACACUUAGAAUUAAAUUGUGUGUGUGUAUAUAUGUACAUACAUGUUUAACCCCUUCAGGACCGAGGACGGUUCAGGACCGUCAUCUGCAUUUUUGCGUGCGUACCGCUGACGGUCCUGAACCGUCCUAACAGUGUAAUGUACUUACCCAAUCGCCAUCGUUCCCCCGGGCGGCGAUCGGCUGUGCUUCCGGUGUGGGGAGACUGCCUGCAGCCCAGACAGUCUCCCCAUGGCGGAUUAGAACCCCUGGGGCCACUCAUAUAAUAGAAUAACCUGCAGUUUGCAAAAUGGCAUUUAUACAUUUUAUAUGAAACAGACUAUUUGAUGACUUCUGCUCCUUAGGCUAGCCCAAAUCAUUAGAAUACAAGUCUGCUGACCUAGUUUAGGCCCACAAGUUGCACAUUAUUUUGGGGGUCAACUUAUUUGACCUUGCAGAAGAAUGCCCAAAGGGUAGAUCCCCACGUAUAACUUCUACAAUGCUUUGUCAGCUUAGGAUCUAACAUUUGUCUAUUGUAUUUGUGAGCAGUGUUUGUGUGUUUUACUGUAAGUAUGUUUUUGUAUGGGAUCUGUGUGUGUGACUGUGGCUGUGAAAGUAGAAGUACAUUUGUGUGUAGUAUUGGCAUUUGAAUGAAGGGGUAUGUUUGUAUGUAAUGCAGGUGUGCAUUUGUGUUUUACCCUUUCAAUUCCGAGGUGUGCUUAUAUGUAAUGUUGUCGUUUUAUUACCUGGUUGUGUUUGUAUGUAGUGUUGGUGUUUUGAUUGCAGGGGCAUGUUUUUAUGUAGUGUUGACAUUUCAAUGCAGGGGUGUGUUUGUAUGUAGUGUUGAUCUUUGAAUGCAGUGGGGUGUUUUGUAUUUGUGUGUAGUUUUGGCAUUUGAAUGCUGAGAUCUGUGUGAAAAUACACAUACACUACAACAGAUACACACAGAAGGUGUGAGGCUAAUAGGAGUCUAAGACUAGGUCAGGCUUUCUGUCUGCUCCCUCUCGCCCCCUUCCAUCCCUGCCCUAUUGGCCCCUGCUCAGACAUGCCUAUCGGGUGGCCCUAAGUGCAUCCGACUCCCAGCUUGCUGGCCCUGUUGCACUGCUCUGGUUGCUUAUUGCUACUAUCCCAAAUGAAAAUGUAAAGAAACAUAAAUACAAAGAUAGAAACUUGACUGCAUUGAAUGCUUAUGUUUUUUUUGUAGAGAGAUUGCUAUUUCCAAGGAUACAUAGAAGAUGAUCCAUACUCAACUGUGGCUCUUAGCACAUGUUCUGGACUCAGGUAUUAUAGAAGAUGCCCACUAAUCCUUAUUCUCCAUUAAAGGGACACUGUAACUGUUUCAUCUCAUUUAAGUGGUUAUAGUGUCUCGAGUCCCUAGCAGCUUCCUUCCAUUCAGCAUUAAACCGUCUUUAAUGUUUUAAUGCUAAACGAGAGUCGCCAACAGCCCAUCCCCUCUCUACAGUUUGGGCUUAAGAAGAAGCAGCAGUGGGUGAGUGUGAGUUGGCUGCGAGUGUCAGCAGACUGUUUUCAGCCCAUACCAACACUUAUUGCUGGUGAAUUAGUAUGGUUAGAAGAAAAGAUGUAAUCUCUUCCUUAGCCAUAUGAUCAGUAGGGCUUAGCUGUUGGUGUGCAGGGUCCCCUUAAUUAGCAUUUAGCUGCUCAUCAAUGGUGGCUACAGGCAGUUAACACUUUUGUCUUUCAUUCUAGGGGCACCAUAUAUAAAAACGGAUUUAGGUACGCUAUUGAGCCCGAUGAAUCUUUGGAGUAUUUCAGCCAUGUGGUUUAUCGUAUAGAUACAUCUCAAUCCGAUGUAAUUUGUGGCCUUGACACAUCUAACCUGCAGUCUGAAGAUGGAAACAUUCAGAAAUUUGAGGUAUAAAUUAUCCACUCAGUACUAUUACCAAAACUAAUUCAUCAAUUGAAUUACAUUUCAGACAGGGUAAUAUUAAUAUGAAAUGUAUUGAGAUACAUUUAUUAAAUUUUAUUAAUGUGGCACAAUGAGUGAAAGCUACUAAUAGUGGAAGUAUAGUAAAGACAAUCAAUGCCUUUACUCUUAAGGGUAAUUACUAGAGCACUCUCACAGACUAACACAUAGGGGAGUGUUCACCCAGCAUGUGAACUGUGGUGAACCGAAAACUGAUUUGCUAAAUUGAGAUAAAAUCUGAAGCUGAGGUGGAAAUUUCUGCCUAAAUUUAGCAAUUCGCUUUUCAGUUCAAUACAGUUCAUUGCCUAAUGAAUAAAUCUCAUAGAAAAAUAAGCAGUAAUGCUCAAAUGGUACUAGGGUCAGGAAUUCAUGUUUGUGUCCCUGCGUUCCUUUAAGUAUGACAAGAAAAAUACAAGGAGGUAAAUAUUCUUAGUAUGGAACUUGUUAGGAUAUCGGGGGCCCUCAAAGCCCUGUACAAAGUAUAUAAAAGAAAUAGAACAAAUGAUCACUGGGAACAUGGGCUUGGUUUCAGCUGUAACAACCACAACACACAAGUGUGAUUUUAAUGUUGUAGAGCUUUGUUUAGAAUAUAACUGUGAAUGAUAUUGUUUGUAAAACUUUGAUACUCUUAUAUAACAUCGAUAGCUAAAUGUACACAUGGAUGGGCUGACAGAUAAUCAAUAAAUUAACUUUCUAAAUAUUUUCAUAUACUAAGCAUCAAAGGGGUCUUGUACUAUAUAUUUCCUAUUUAUAACUAGUGUUUGGGUCCCAUGCACACCCAAAAAAGUAGAGGAAGUUGAGUGCCUAUAUAUAUAUAUAUAUAUAUACACAGUUAAAUGGAAAUAAAAGGUUAUAGACUUCCUAUUUGAUUACAGUCUAGAUAAAGUAAGAUCGUUACAUUCAUCAUAAAAUGGUUUACAGCGUAUAGUUAUGUAUUAAUUAAUUAUAUACAUUAUUGUGAACAGUCUCAUAAAGCUUAACUAUAGAGAACGACUUCGUCCCUGGAAGAUCAUCCAUAAAUUAUGUCAGGAGAUUGAUAUAUAUUUUUGACGCAGUGCAAUCAGAGGGUAGACCUCACCUGACCCUGUCUAUGGAUGCUGAAAAGGCGUUCGACAGGGUUGGGUGGGGUUUCCUCAGGGAAGUUUUAAGGAAAUUUGGUUUGAAUAGGUGGAUGUUGGAGGCCAUUAUGGCCUUGAAUUCAGCUCAACUGCAAAGGUACUUGGGGGGAGGUGGGGGUAGAGGGAGGCUUCAGCUCUGACUGGUUCGAUCUGGCACAUGGAACCAGGCAGGGUUGCCCACUCUCCCCGAUUCUAUAUACAAUGUCACUGGAACCGUUGGCUUCUCAGAUUAGAGAUAAUAAUAGGAUUAAAGGGUUCAGAACAAAUUCUGGCGAAUUGAAAAUGAAUCUUUAUGCAGAUGAUGUGAUAAUGACCUUAGAAGAGCCUGAAAAUUCUUUGGAAGAAACGGUUAGGGACAUAGAACAAUUCUGAGGUGUCCGGUUAUAAGCUAAAUUUUAACAAAACAGCUUUAAUAUACAACAUUUCCGUUCAAACUAAAGAGCUAUUGAAAAAUAAAUAUAGAUGAAAUAUUUGGGUAUAAUAUCCUCGGACCCAAACAAAAUAAUAGAAGAAAAUGUCUUGCCUCUUCUUAAACAAACGUCUAAACAGUUGAAAGAUUGGGGAAAGAUGGAAUUCUCAUUCUGGGGAAGAAUAAAUAUUCUAAGAUCAUCAGAUGGCUAUAUCUUUUUCGUAUGGUACCACUUUCUGUCCCCAGUAGCUGGCUAUCUAUGAUUCAGGCUGCAUUUAGGAAUUUUGUAUGGUGUAGUAAAAAACCAAGGUUAAAAUUAGAUUGUCUUAAAUUGAGACCCGCCCAAGGGGGUUUGUCAUAGAAACAUAGAAUGUGACGGCAGAUAAGAACCAUUCGGCCCAUCUAGUCUGCCCAAUUUUCUAAAUACUUUAAUUAGUCCCUAGUCUUAUCUUAUAGUUAGGAUAGCCUUAUGCCUAUCCCACGCACGCUUAAACUCCUUUACUGUGUUAACCUCUACCACUUCAGCUGGAAGGCUAUUCCAUGCAUCCACUACCCUCUCAGUAAAGUAAUACUUCCUGAUAUUAUUAUUUUUUUUUUAUUAUUAUUCUUUAUUUUUCGUGCAUAGGUUAUGUAAGUAACAGUUUUCUAGCAAUGCCACAACAGCUAUCGCCAGGAGUUUAGUAGACAUAUAAAUACAAUUGUAUGGCAGGAAUAACUUUGCACAUUUUUAUAUUUGUAUGAGCAGGGUGGUUAAUGGUCUAGCACUGUGCCAACGGGCGUGUGAGAGAUUAUGUUCAGAAGGAGACCUUCAGGUUAGGGAGCAAGGGCUAGUGUGCGUAAUGGCCACCAUGCGAGAUUCCUGUUAAGUAUAAACUUGCGUCUGAGUAUUAUCGGCCCUGACUGAUCGAUAUGAUAGUGCCUGUCUAAACCACAGGCAGGCUUUGCUUUAAAAUUCACACUGCCCAGUCGCCUUUUAUCUUAGGUGUAUGUGUCCAGUGGUUCUCACAGACUGGAAUUAAACUAUGCAUCUGGAGCAAAGUUGGCUAAUGCUGUCAGUUCAGAUUGACCUUCCAAGUGGACACCUGUAUGGAGAUCGGUACCUACGGCUUUCUAACCGAAUUUGGCAAUUUGGAGAGUAGUUAGCCAAUUAUCUAGUCCACUCCCCCUUCGAGCAAUCCCAUGAGUACAGUUUUGUUUGCAAAUGGGUAGAGGUAGGACAGGAAAGAUGCAAGCUGUCUGACCUCUCCAAGUCACCUAAUCCACCCUAUCCAGCUCGUGAACUGUGUACUCCAGACUUAUUAUGCAUAAGGCUUAAAACAUUUUUUAUUUUUAAAAUUCAGAGUGCUAAGUCUAUCUGUGUUGUUACCCAGCGGUCUGUGGUGUCAGUCGGUUAGUCGUGAGAGUAUCUUGACAGGAGGCCUUAUCCUUGGUCCGUUCGAGUUACUCUCGAGGGGUAUUAACCCUAACCUAGGGGCUGUCGGGGGGGAGUUGUGUUCUGUAUGGUAGUGCAUAUUACUUUAGUGCACUGGUGUGCCAGCGCCAUCUCUGAUAGGCUUUCAGCGCGUCGUAUGGGUUCUUAGAGCGUCAUAGUAACUAGUGAGAUAUCAACAAAGCUUAAGUGGCAGAGGAUGAAAAGGAAUAGGAGAAAAAACUUUUAAAGAAAAUAAAAUUUGCAAUUUUUAGCCCUUGAGCGGGGCGGGGUAGGAGACUUCUCCCCCCACUCCCGUCAUGUGGCAUGAGUGUCCAUUCUCCGCGUCCUCGGGAUAAACAGCUCGAUCGUCUCCGGGUCCCAGGCCGGGGUGGUGUUCUGGGUGUUCUUGGAUGGCAGACCCAGUUUUGGUAGUAGCGCGGCAGCGUCGGGACCUGUAGCGAUUCUGUACGUGUUUCCGUGAUGUGUAACCAGGAGGUGGCGUGGCUUUCCCCACCGAUAUGGUAUGCCCGCGGAGCGUAACUGGCUGGUGAAGUCGCUGAGGGUCCUUCGCCAUUGGAGAGUGGCUCUGGUUAAGUCCUGGAAAAAAGUCAAUUGAGACUCCUUCGAAGUUGAGUGGCGUCUUGCCCUUCAGUGCCGACAUUAUGUGUCCCCUAUCUUGGGGAAGGGUGCAGCGGACUAUGACGUCUCCUGCAAGGGGAGUAGAUGCUUUUGUCGGGGUGGGUAGUCGGUAUAUGCCGGCAAGGGUGAGUUUCCUUGCCACCGCAGGGGGAAGUAUAGCUUGCGUGAGCCGUCACACAUAGUGAGGUAGGUCCUCUUUGGAGACUGUGCCAGGGAUUCCUCGGAUUUUAAUGUUGUUGCGUCUGUGUUUGUCUUCUUGGGCUGCUAGUUGUACCUCUAAGUUUUGUUGAUUGUGUUGUAGUUGUAAGAGGGAGUCUUGCAGCGAGGUGAUUUCUCUUUGAAUCCCCUGCACUUCUCUCUCAGUGUGUACUACCUUUUCAGUGAUUUGUUGCAUGCUGGUUUUAAGGGUAGGUAGAUCUGCAGCUAGUAGGCUUUGUAUUUCCUGCAGCAUGUUUUGCAUAUGCUGUAGGUCCUGUUUGGUGGCUGGUUCGGUGGUACCCUGCUGGGGCGUGGGUUGUAGCCAUGUAACCCCGUGAGUGCUUUGCUCCCCUGAGUCAGACUCUUGUGGGGAGUCAGGGCCUUGUGCAGCCGCCAUUUUGGCGGGUGUUUGCCUCUGAAGCAUAAUGCCUAUAUCAGGCUGAUCUAUACCUGGUGGUGGUUUCUGGGAUCUGUGCCCCAUCCCUGAGGUUCCGUGGUCGGAGCUGUGCCGAGAUGUGUCCCACGCGUCCUCUAGGAAGUCCCCGCCUGAUAGGUAAUCCAGGCCGUGGUGGGCUGAUGGGAGGUAGGCCCGGGCUCGUAGUUUAGGCUUUGCCUGCUUCGGGGUGUACCUGAAGGGUAUCGAUCGAUUCCGGGGAGUUUUAUGCCGGUGGUCGUGUGGCUGGAUGGCAGGUUUGUGGGCUGAUUUUCGCCGGAUUAGGUCCGUGGAUGUCGGAGCCCGCAGAAAUGGCGUCUGGCCCGUCUUGCAGAUCACUAUGAACACAUACCCAGCUCCCAACUGCGGCCGGCUGAUACCACCCGACAAGCUACACCACAGCAUCAUUAUUCGCAGAUGUAGCUGAGAAACACAGAACUGUGACCUGCCAGUGAUGGGAGUUGGCUGCUCUCUGCACAGGGACUGGGGCUGCCUACUCUCUGUCUCCUGAACAACAUUCAGGAUCACAUCCACCUCUCAUCAGGGAGGGGAGUCUCUGUCCGGGGACCCAGGGUUCUUUAACCACGGUGGCAUAAAUUUUCCUUUUUCUUUUUUAAGCAACACUAACCAUGCUAUCUUGCCUAGCAAACCUGUCUCUCUCACACAAUCUAUUUUAACUAUGAGGUGAGUUUUAGCCUGCACUUCCAUGUCUCCAGCCUGUCAAUUUAACUAAUGUGGCUAAACAGAUUUGAAAUUAACCUACUCAGGCAAAUAUAACUGUACUGCAUGUAUACAAUCUGUUAGCUCCUGAGGCAGCACGGUAAUGAUAUAUUCAGAUAGUGCAGCGAUGUUACCUUAUGUACCAAGCAAGUCUCACCUAUGUUCAGCUAGCAUGUUAAUCCCCAUAGGCUGCAAGAUUAACCAGUUUACUGUGCUACUAAAUAUUGAAACAGGCAGAUCUUCUAUGCAACCAUGAUCCAAUGUUUAACCUCUAACAUGUUUCCUAUCUUGAAUAUAAAAAAAAAUUGUACUAUGUAUUUCAAUGCCAUACCUAUGUUAAGUAUGUUUCCGUACUUGCUUGCACCAGCUAUCGUGGCAGUGCAAACAAGAUUGUUCACGCUAUGCACAAAUAAAAUAAAGAAUUUAAAAAAAAAAAGAUCAAUAAUCGUAUUUAUCUGGUUCCUUGUCGUCUAAACAGGAUGUGGUCUGGCCACACUGAUAGGUGUUGGAGAUGCGAAUCGCAGAAAGGCGAUUUAUUACAUAUAUGGUGGAAAUGUGAACCGAUUCAGAGGUUUUGGGGAAAGAUAAAGGAUAAAAUCCAAGCAAUAAAUAACAUCAAACUCACAUUAAAGCCAGAAUCCUAUUUAUUACACUUAAAUUUUCCAAAAAUGCCUAAAGCAGAGUAUGACAUAGUGGUACAUAUUUUGCUGGCAGCAAAGAUGAGUAUAGCUAGAAAAUGGAAAUCCCGUAUUCCACCAUUAUGGAUCAAGCUUAAAAAUCAUCUUCUCUUCCAAUUAAAUAUGGUUAAAGGAAUAGAGAAGUACCAAAAUUUUACUCUGAAGAGGAAUUACAAAUGGGACCUAUGGAUAAAAUCGAUCCCUGAGUGAGCAUGAUAAAUAAAUACCCUAGAAUAAGAUGUGAUGAUAUUUAAUCUCCCUUGGAGAUGCCCUGCCUGACAUGUAUGUAGUUUUAUAUGUUCCUCCUUUCCAGUAAAAAGGAAAGGGGCAUAUUCGAAGGGAGGGGUGUUUUUAAAUUGACUGUUCAGCAUGAUUUUAUGUCUUGUACAGUCAAAUAUUUAUUUUUUAUUUUUUUCUAUGUCUGUUUUUGUAUUUUUCGUCAAUAAUAGUAAAAAAAUUAAUAAAGAAUAAAUAAAUGGGAAAAAAAACAUAGAAAUGAAAGUCAAAGUUAGCUUAGGGCUGGUGGUUGGCAUGCAAGGUUUUCAGACUAGGCAGUAGUGGGCUAUUGUAGAAAUGGAACUGCAUAACCAAUUGACUUGCCAUAAAAAGUAAUUUUCCACUGCACCAUAUGGUGCUGAAAAGGAUUCCACACAUUGCAGUGGGUCCUGAAGACAAACAAGGACCAAAGGGCAUCCCACCCCAACUGGCCAUCCCACUAUGCAUGCAUUGUGUAAGGAGGGGGUACAAAGAUCAAUAUAUCAGACUGGAUCCUUCCUAUCCCUAUAAAUCUCCAGAUCUUUGCAGAACAUUUGUUUUCAUUUGUCUUGUUUUUCUAUAUUUGCAGGAAGCAAAGCCUCCCAAAAAUUCUGCGUAUGUAGAACUGUGUAUGGUCACUACAAAGCCACAGGUAAAUCAGUCAUAUUGAAAAUGAUAAAAUAAUUUGGGGGAACAAACAAGAAACUUAUUUUUAAAUUUAAUUAAAUUAAAGUGAGCUGAGCAUUGCUGCAUCCAGAUAGUCAUUGUGAAAUACACUAAUUUUACCCUACACUAUAGUAGGCGUACAGAUAAAUAGACAAAGUUAACAAUAGUGAUAAUAUCAUAGGAAUUAUUUCAAGAGAUUAACAUAUGAAAGUCAGAUAUAUGGGUAGAUUUGUUAAGAUAAUUAUUUAUGUCCAUCUUGCAUGCACUUCAGUUUAAAAGUAAAAAUGUAGUACAUGUACUUAGGCACAUAACACAAGAAUUUAACACUUCUUAGACUCUGUAGGGAAAGUUCUUCUUUGUGUCGCAGCAAAUGCAAAAAAUAAAUAAAAAAUAAGGCAUUUAUUGUCUACUAAUAUACCUCACCGAUUUCUGAUAAUGUAUUUGAAUUGUUAAGGUGGUAUAUAUGAAUGUUCUUUAAUGCUUGUUAUUAUAAUAUUAUAUUUGUUGUUUUCUAGUUUCAAUUUCAUGAUGAAAAUGAAACAUUUCUAGUAGAAAGCGUUCUUGAACUGAUUAAUACUAUUAAUACAGUAAGUGUUAUUUUAAUUACAAAAAUAAAAGAAUGGCCUUAUAAUAGAAAUGAAUAUUGAGAUAGUCCAAUUAUGAACUUAUUUAAAAAAAAUAUACAGAAAAGCACAUAGAUUUCUUUUAUUGUUAUUAAACUGUUAAUUGUCAGCAAUUCAUAAUUUCAAAACAAAAGGAGAUAUUGGACCUCUGAGAUGUACAGUGAUGUAAAUAAGAAAUGUGCUGCCCUAGGCCUGGCAAGUCUAUGCAACCCACCUAUGUACACAUGAGCGCUAAAACCAUAUAUUUUCUUUCAUGCAUUUAGUCACAGACAAACUAUAUAUAUAAAACAAUUUACAAGACAGAAGACACACAAACAUAUAAAUAUGUGUAUAUAUAAGCAUUAUGUAUAAAAAUAUAGCCUAUACAGUAUAUUAAUAUAAUGCUUAUUCACACAUAAUCCCAUAAUUUAAAGGACCACUCCACAUCCAUAAAGCAAUGGGUGAGAAGUAUACAAUUUCAAAAGUAUUUUAUAAAUCCAUGGAAGAUUCUAGAAAAAAACACUGGAUGCUCAAUAGAUUAAGUUCCACAAUCCACAAGAUGUUUGCUACCCAUAGCUGUCACUAGCUCUUCCUUCUGUCACGUUUAGUCAACUUUAGACUUUACUAUAAUACAAACUAGUCACUGUUUUGUCUUAUUGUACCGUCUGACUCAAUUUACAGUACAGCAAAAUUCCAACACAGUUAAAUGUGAAUAUUUCAUAAAGAUUAAAUGUUUAUGAAAUACUCCAAAUUUAUAAUUUGGUGACAGAGCCUCUUUAAAAUCACCAAAAAAUAUACAAAAUACAUAUAAAAAAAAAUUCAAAGCUGAAAAAUUGCUGAAAAACAUAAUGCUGGCCAUGAUAGAUAGGUGUCAGAUCAGUGUGUCGCAGUUUGCUGUGUAUGGGGCUGCAAAGCUACACACAGGUUAGAGUGCCCAUGAUGACCUCUGUCCACCGAAAGUGUGUUCAAUGGGGACAUGAGCAUCAGAACUAGACCAUGGAUCAAUAGUAGAAGGUUGUCUGGUCUGAUGAGCAAUGUUUUCUUUUAGAUCAAGUGUUGGCAGCAGGAUGCACUAUGGGAAGACUGAAAGAGGCAUUGUUAUACUCUGGGCAGUGUUCUACUGGGAAAACUUGGAUCCUGGUGGAUGACACAUAGCACAUACCUAGAGAUUGAUACAGAUCCCCACCACCCUUCCAAUUGCAGUGGUGUUCUUUGAUGGCAGUAGCCUUUCAGCAGGGUAAUGCACCCUGGCACUCUGCAAAGAUUGUUCAGGAAUGGUUUGAGGAACUUGACAAAGAGUUUAAGGUAUUACCAUGGCCUCCAAAUUACUUUAUUAAGUAAAUUUAAAGAAAUAUUGUUAUUGUUAGUCUCUAUUAUGGAAAUAGAGGACAAAAGAUAUAAUAGUUAUUAUAAAUAUGGUCAGAAAACAGCCAAAAUGGAGUGUACUUGUGGACUCACAAAGAGUUAUCCUCCAGCACUCAAGAAAGAAAAAACCUGAGGAGGAAACCUCUGAACCAUGGCUUGAAGGACUGCUCUUCCCUCUGGGAAUUAAGAUGCAAAUACAUGGGAGGCUAUGAAAGUGGCUUUGUCACUUUUCAGUAUUUCAAGAUACAAUAUUUAUGACCUUUUGUAUCCUGACUGUGUUGGGAAUUCACUAUAAUUCUAACAAAAUCCAAAGAUAUCAUAAGACAAAGUAGGGACUACUUUGUUUUAUGGUAAAACUGUGGUUGACAAAAAGCAGAUCUCUGCCACCGUUUGUCCAAUCACAACAGCUAUCACAACUGAUGGCUGUGGGUUCAAAAAUCGAUUUAUGGAGGAUCUCAUGGGAUCCUCCAUUCAGUGAUGUAUUCUUGUGCAUAAAUGAGAAUACAGCACUGACGAGGCUCCUGGCCGAUGAAGCCAGAAGUUGAAGAUGAUGCAAGUACAACUACCUUCUCCUGCACCAGAUCAUCUCUGGAGAUAUCAUUUUCAGAGGUCUUCGCAAAAUAUGCAAAGACCCUGAAAGUGACAGAUCUGUUUCAAAAGAGAGACUUGCUGUUUUUAAGAGCUAUUUAAGAGCUAAAGCGGCUCUAGAAUCGCUGCAAAACUGCAAGCAAGCCAUUUACCAGUGGUGUGAAUCAUGUUGGCCGUGGUCACCAGGCACCACCUCCAGAGCAAAUUGAGGGUAGUGAGUCUCCAAGUGUUCAGACACUUCCAGUUGGGGCAUAGAUCUCUAAACCUUUGAGAUUGUAAGAAAUGCAUGGAUAAAGGUUGAAGGUCUGUCAGAGCUUCAGAUACAUGUGAAAGGAAAUAGAAUUUUCAACCAGUCAAAGCAGCAUUUACAUUUAUGACAUCACAACAUGGCAUCUUAUAUUAUGAUUUCAUUGCUUUUGAUCACUGUACCUAUGGUGAAGGAGAGUAGAUUAUCAUUACACAUUGCACAUAUAAUAAUAUUUAAAAUAUAAGAAGCAUUUUUUUUCUCUAUAUACAUUUUAUAUCACAAUGAAAGUUAAUUUUUCAAUCUCUAUUGCUUUGUCACCUUUUGUAAUGCCUUAUUCCUGUACCCACAUUUAUAUCUUUACUUACAACCCAGUAUUGGUGGUUUCUAGGCAUCAUCCUGAGCCUGUAUCCUCUCUUUGUUUCAUCCACACUCCAUGAUAUACUUCCAAUUAAUGUUUAUGAACAGGUUACAAUGAGAAGACAGAAAUUAGUGUUUAGUCAGGAAACAAAUUGCAACAUUUUGGCAAAAUAGCAGAACCUGAAAAAAGAAUCAAUCCUUGUUUGUUUGUUUUUGUUUGUUUUUUAAUGUGCUGCACAGUUGUUGAUUCAUUGUAUUUCACUGUUUAGUGAAUAAACCAAAUUAUCUUGCCCCAAAGUGUCUUCCUCUCUUUUUUCUGACAGUCAUCUCAAGCUGUCUAAACUAGAGCACCUUUUAGAGUCAUUCCAUCUCAAGUGAUCCAAUAAUUGUAAAGAUGAUUGCUUGACCAAAUUUACUUUUACGUAUUGUUAUUGCAAAACCACCAUUUUCUUUACGUUACUUGGUUUAACCACUGUGGUCAUCUUUGUGUCAUUGCACAACACAUAUUUUACUUAUACAGAUAUUUACGGAAAACCUUCAUAUCUCAAGUCGGAGCUCCUUGGACCAAAAACGAAUCUCUAGAUCAGCGUUUCCCAAUUAGUGUUCCGCCGAACUCUUCUGCGAGAACAAAACUGGGGUUUUUCUGUGAUUUGCUCAUCGGGUGACCUGUGCACUUAGGACCACCCGAUUGGUGUUAUUGCUGAACUGCAGCCCAGUCAGGCACCGCAGCCCUAUAAGAGUGCGAUUACACCCCUGUAGUAUUGGAUCCUGGGAAGAAAUGAUAGCUGGUCACUUCCUCCCAGACGUAGAAAGCGCCACAGUGGAUGGAGAGAGGCAGCUGCUGCAGACCCUCCACAGAUCAGCAAGCAGCACUCCAAGAAAGCCACCCUUCUGCAGACAAAAUGUAUGCUAACAGUAGGGUUGCUGUAAAUAUAAACAUUAUGACUUGCGUGUGUAUUUGUCAGUGUGUGUGUAUGUGCCGGGUUGUGCAUCUGUGUGUCUAGGUGUGUGUAUCUGUGUGUCAAAGUCUGUGUAUGUGUCAGUGUAUUUAUGAAUGAGUGUGUAUGUGUCAAUGUGUUUAUAUGUGUGUUUCUCUGCGUUAAUGUGUAUGUGUUAUUGUGUAAGUAUAUAUGUAUGUGGCAGGGUAUGUGUAUUUAUCCCGGCAAUCAAACACCAACACUACAUGCAAACACACACCUGCAAACACAAACAUUACAUAUAAAACACCCCUAAAUUCAAACUCCAAAUUUAUAUGCAAGCACUCAAACACACUCUUCAAUCAAAUACCAUUACUACACACAAAUGUACAUCCUCAUUUAAAAGCCAACACUACAUCUAAACACACCCCUGCAUGCAAAUGCAAAAAUAACGUACAGACACGCCCCUGUAUUAACCCAUUAAGGACUGGACUGUUUUUGCGAUGUUGUACAUUUGCGACCACCCCUCUUUUUACACUUUUGUGGUGUUUGUGUUAAGCUGUAAUUUUCCGCUCUCUCAUUUACUGUUCCUAUACAAAUCUUAUAUAUUGUUUUUUCAGGACAAAAAAGGGUUUCUUUACAUACCAUUAUUUAUAUAAUCUCAUGUAAUUUAAUUUAAAAAAAAUAUGAUGAAAAAUUAAAAAAAAAUAGUUUUUUGACUUUUACUUGAAAAAUCUUUUACUCAUCUGCAAAAGCGAAUGAAAAAAACUGCUAAAUAGAUUCAAAAUUAUGUCCUGAGUUUUAAAAUACCCAGUGCUUACAUUCUAUUUUGCUUUUUUUUGCAAGUUACAGGGCUAUAGGUACAAGUAGGAUAUUGUGGUUUCAAAACAUACAUUUUUUUCAAAUUUAUCAGUAGUGACAUUAUAACACUAUUAUCUGUCAUAGAUCUCGGAAUAACACCCCACAUGUACAUAAUUUUUUUUAAAGUAGACAACCCAAGGUAUUCAAUAUGGGGUAUAUCCAGUCUUUUUUAGUAGCCACCUAGUCGCAAACACUGGCCAAAGUUAGCGUUCAUAUUUGUUUGUGUGUGAAAAAAGUAAAAAACUAAACUGAAUGCUAAUUUUGGCCAGUGUUUGUAAAUAAGUGGCUAUUAAAAAAGACUGGACAUACCCCAUUUGCAAUACCUUGGGUUGUCUUCUUUUGCAAAUGCUAUUCCUGGGCUACCGUACGCUCUCAAAGGCAACGUAACCAGCCUGGCCAUUUUCAAUGUAAAAAUAUUUGACCCUGUAACUUUCAAAAACGCUAUAAAAUCUGUACAUGGGGGGCACUGUUAUACUCUUGAGACUUUGCUGAACACAAAUAUUAGUGUUUCAAAACAGUAAAACGUAUCACAACAAUUAUAUCAUCAGUAAAAGUGCUGUUUGUGUGUGAAAAAUGCGAAAAAGUCACUUUCACUGAUAAUAUCAUCGCUAAUAUUUGUGUUCAGCGAAGUCUCCCGAGUAACACGGUACCCCCCAUGUACAGGUUUUAGGGUGUCAUAGAAAAUUACAGGGUAAAAUACAGUGCUAGCAAAUUAAAUUCUCUGGACUUUCGGCUUGGGUUGGCAGGCAGGUCCCUCAAAUUGCAAUUAAUAAAAUUACUUUAAUUAUGUAAAAAUAUUACAUAAAUACGCACGUAGAAUUUAAAUAUAUAUGCAUAUUUAUAUAUUUAAAAACUACGUGUAUAUUUAUAUAAUUAUUUAUGUAAUUUUGUAUAUGGACAUAUGUAUAGUUCGUAUUAGUUUUAUUAUUUAUAUAUACAUAGAUAUAUAUGCAAUUUAAUUCUAAGUGUAUUUUGAUAUAAAUAUAUAUAUUUUAAUAUCAAAAUACAGUUAGAAUAAAAUUUCAUAUAGAUAUAUAAUUUUUUCUAAAUUUUUAUUAUUUUUAAAAUGUUUUUAUUUAAUUUACUUAUUAUUUGUAUUUUAUAAUAUAUAUGCAAUAUGUAAUUUAAUUAUAAGUGUAUUUUUAUAUUAAUAUAAGUACAUAUUAAUAUAAAAUACACUUAGUAUAAUAUAUGUCUAUAUAUCAUAUAUAUAAAUAUAUAUAUAUAUAUAUAUACACAUAUAUAAUUAUAUUUUUUUAUUAACAUGUACCUUUAUUUUUUAUUUUUUUAUGAUUUUACACUAGCAGGGAGACUGCCUGUCAGCACAGGCAGUCCCCCUGCAGGCAGACACUAGGACACCUAUUGUGACCAUGUGAUCGCUCUGUUGAGCGAUCACAUGGCCCCAGGGGUCCUAAUCUGCUGCGGGGAGACUGCCUGAGCUGCAGGCAGUCUCCCCACACCGGGACCACCGCCGAUCGCCGCCAGGGGAAAGACGACGAUCGGGUAAGUACAUUACACCGUUAGGACGGUUCAGGACCGUCACCGGUCGGCAACGCAAAAAUGCAGAUGACGGUCCUGAACCGUCCUCGGUCGUUAAGGGGUUAAAAUGCUAACAUUAUAUACAAACAUCAACUCUACACACAAAAACACACCUGUUCUAAAGUACUAUGAUCUGUUUACUCUCUGUAGAAAUUAGUGUAUAUAUACCAAAAACAUUUUGGGGCUUCCAGAAUGUUGAUACAUUAUGUCAAAGGAAUCCACAUGGAAACUUAAUUGGUAACCCCUGCUCUACAUACAUCCCAAGGUGCAUGUACAUGUUUUGCACUCUCUUGUUCCUUAGACUUGGAAUUUAAGUCCAAAAGUAAUGCUCAAAAUUAUUGAAUAUUUUACUUUUAGGGUCAGUUUAUAUUGGUACGGGUAUAAGUCACAGUAAUGGUUUUUAGUGGGUACCUAGGUAACUAUAGUAUGCAUGCAGAACAUUUCAGCUAUAAAACCAGAGGGGAACCUGAAAGUUUCAGAGAUAUAAAUCCUCUAUGAUGGCAUUCCACUGUAAAAAUUGCAUUUGAGAUUCCACUUGUUACAUAGCUGGCAUUAUUUCAGGAUUAUAUUGAUCCAGCACGCAAAAUAGUUUCACACCCUAGAUACUACCGUACCUUAGAAUGGCCGGACUUAAGGUACCCGAGAAUAGUCAGAAAGCUAGCCGAGCUCAGGAACACAGAACGAGACAAAGCGAUAAAGAAAUGCCAAAAUGUAAGAAAGAUAUCAGGGAAGUCAAAACGAAGCCAAAGUCAAAAAACAGAAUAACACGAUCCGGAACACACUCUCGGAUAACCAUCUAAGCGAAACCACGACAGGGCAAUGAGCCAAGGAAUAAGUGAGUUUAAAUAACCCUCUUGCAGAUCCGAUUUGCUGUACCUAGCCCUUGACCCCAAAAUGUGCAUGUCUUCGUAUUUUGGGUGAUGUCCCCUACACGUCAAUGUCGUCUUUACCUUGGGCGGACGUUGGGCUAUAUAAUUGCGUGGGUCCGCAGCGGCCGGCGUGCACCUACAUGCCGCACAAACCAGGUAUCAUAGCAUAAGACCGCCAAGCGGCACUCCCCUCGAUCUUCGAAAGGUAAUUAUCUCAGUUUUUGCCACAGGAAUACAAAGGAUACGUGACAUUACCCCCCCAAUUGAAGACCGCCCACCGGGCGGGCAGGACCAGGUUUGAGAGGAAGUUUGGCGUGGAAAGAACAGAUUUUACGGCUAGCAUGUAUAUCAGAAGCAGGAAGCCAAGAACAAUCGGCAGGCCCAUAACCCUUUCAAUCAACCAGGUACUGCAAAGAACCACGAGAAAAUCUGGAAACAAUUAUGGAGGAGACUUCGUACUCCUCCCAUCCAUCAAUAACCAAAGGAGGAGGAGGGACAAAAGGGACAGUAUACCUAUUGCAGAUAAGAGGCUUAAGCAAAGAUACAUGAAAUUAAUUAGGUGUACGCAAGGAGGCAAGAAGUGCAAGAGAAUAUGAAACAGGAUUGAUUCUCCAAACAAUUCGAAAGGGACCAAUAAACCUGGGUGCAAACUUCAUGCUAGGAACCUUAAGUCUGAUAUUUCGCAAGGAGAGCCAUACCCGAUCACCCACCGGGUAAACAGGGUUGGCACUACGCCGCUUAUCAGCAUGAAAUUUGAUAUGAGCUGCAGCAGUUUCAAGAGCUGUGUGGACCUUAGUCCAAGUCUCACGUAUACAUGCGAGCUGUUCAUCCAGAGCAGGAAUAGUAGUGUCAGAGAACACCGCAGAAAGAACAGUAGGAUGACGACUGUUGUUGACAAAAAAUGGACUAUGUCCAGAUGAGUUAUGAGUAGCAUUAUUCCUGGCAAAUUCGGUCCAAGGUAGCAAGUCAGACCAGUUUUCCUGAGUGCUAUUAAAGAAACAUCACAAAUAUAGUUCCAACGACUGGUUGGCCCUCUCAGCUGCACCAUUGAUUUGAGGAUGGUACAAAGAUGAAAAUGACAAUUCUAUACCCAACUGUUUGUUAAAUUCUCUCCAAUAUCGUGACACAAAUUGGGAACACCUGUCUUACACAAUAUUUUGUAGAGUUCCAUGUAAUCUGACAAUUUCGCAUAUAAAUAUAUGAACCAGAUCUUGGGAGGAAGGUAGCUUUUUGAGCGGAACAAAGUGUACCAUUUUUGAGAAGCGAUCAACCACAAUAAGGAUGGUGAUAUAGCCUUUAGAAAUCAGGAGUUCCACAAUGAAUUCCAUAGACAAAUGGGACCAUGGAACACUGGGUAUAGGAAGUGGUUGUAAUAACCCACAUGGUAGUUUAAUGUGGAACCUUAGAAACAGCAUAAACAGUACAAGCCUCCACAUACACUCUGAUGUCUUUUCUAAGAGAAGGCCACCAAAAUGAUCUGGAGACCACGGAUACAGUUUUAUUAAUACCCGGAUGUCCAGCUGUCAGAUUAUUGUGGAACACUCUUUGUAACGGAUCACCUGGCACCCUCCGACUGGGCACCUCCGUUGAAGGAUGCUCCUAGCGCUUCCUGAGGACUCCAAGCACUGCAGCAGACACCACAACCACCGCAGCAGACACCACAACCACCGAACCGGAGAAGCAUUCGAAGGCUCUCAAGCAUUUGAAUGCUGUAAGCAGCUGAACAGGAAAAGCAUACAAUCAGAAUACAAUCCAAUUCCCCCAAUAACGAGACGACACUUCGUUUUGAGGUCAAGCAGAACUGACUGUACUGGCACAUACAGCCUCUUUUAUUCACAAUCCACAAACAUAGUACUGUCCACAGGGUUUUGAAAUACAACCAAUCAAUCAACAGGCAAAUCAUUUUUUACAGCCUCUUUUAUUCACAAUCCACAAACAUAGUACUGCCCACAGGGUUUUGAAAUACAACCAAUCAAUCCGUACAAUACACACAGACACUCCCACACAAAACCCUCCCCUCUGAGAAAUACAGUAUUAUAAAACAUAUCACAGGGGCCCCAAAACAUGCAAUAACCCCAUAAAGAGUGUAUCCUCAGAACCGGGGGAUCUGGGUGAGCCACAUAUCCAAAAUUCACCCAGAUCCGUUCAGUAGUUUGGAAGAUACAGUUUAAUGCAGAUUCGCAGAACAUAUACAGGCUAUAUGAAAAAUAAUUACUGUAUAAUGUGUCCCCUGUUGUAUAGUUUAAAACUACUGCAUGAUGUCUUUGUGCACCAAAUACCGGCGAGAUGGCACCGUGUAGAAAAGUCCAAACAGUGUCUGUGAGUUAAAAUGGCCGCCAUCCAUUGUUCUCACCAUGUGCUUCAUCCAUUGUUCUCACCAUGUGCCUCUGAUACAUGAAAUGGUGGCCACCCAGUAACUCCACAGUAUGUCCCGAGAUGGUUCUUAAAAGGCCAGCAGCAGCAUAAUAAAAAUCUAUUAUGCCCAAAUCAGUUCCUAGAAGGGCAAUACAUCUCAGGGCCAUAGUCGCAGGGCAGGAGGCUGGCAAACAGUCUUCUCCAAUGCCCUGUGGCGAGGCUGGUUCCGUCACACUCUUAGUACCUCCUUUCUUUCUAGCAACGGAAUAAACAAUCUAUCUUGAGGUUUCUCACUAGGUGCCUGAGACUGAGCCGCAUUGAUAGCACAAAGAAGAGGAGAAGACAAGGAAAGGACAGUAGAGGCAAUGAUAUACUCAGGUGGAACGAUUGGGGAGGUCUUCUUGUUCUUGUUCUGAUUCUAUGUCAAAUUGCCUAGAUAGGUAGUCAGCCUUAACGUUCUUAGGAACUUUACGUGAUGAUUACGUUAAAGCGUGACAAGAACAAUGACCCACUAGCUUGUCUAGAAGACAGCCUUUUAGAAUUUCUAAUGUAUGCCAAGUGUUUUUGAUCAGUUAGGAUCAGGAGGGGAUCCUUGGAACCUUCCAAAAGAUGUCGCCAUUCUUUCAGAGCUAGUAUAAUGGCCAACAAUUCUCUGUUAGCAAUAUCAUAUCGCUCCACUGGUGACAACUUUAUAGAAAAGAACCCACAAGGAUGCAAAGGGGUAUCCUGACUCUCCCUCUGAGAAAGAACAGCCCCUACCCCUGUCUCAGAGGCAUCUACCUCUAGUAUGAAGGGUUUGCUAGUGUCAGGAUGUACCAAUAUGUCAGCAGAGGCAAAUAAUUUUUUAAGAAGCUCAAAAGCUUCUCUAGCUUCUUUAGACCAUAUAAUACAGUAAACCCCCUUACGUGUCAUAUUGGUGAUGGGGGCUAUCACAGUAGAGAAACUGAUGAAUCUCCUAUAGUUAUUUGCAAACCCAAUAAACCUUUGAAUGGCUUUUAACCCAUUAGGUAAUGGCCAGUGUAGAACGGCUUCUAGUUUGCGAGGGUCCAUCUGAAAACCAGAGGCUGAAAUAGCAUAUCCCAAGAACUGUAACCUUGUGUGAUCAAAUAUGCAUUUCUCAAGUUUGCAAUAUAGAAGCAUUUUUAAGCAAAGUUUGCAAUACUUGCUUCACAUGCCUAUGAUGAGUCUGGAGAUCGGUGGAAUAAAUAAGAAUAUCAUCCAGAUAUACUAAUACAAAAUUAUAAAUGUAGUCUCUGAGAACAUCAUAAUGAAAGCCUGAAAUACGGCCGGAGCAUUGCGUAAGCCGAAGGGCAUGACAAGAUACUCAUAGUGACCACUUCUUGUGUUUAAUGCAGUUCUCCAGUCAUGACCCUCCUUAAUCCUUACCAAAUUGUAAGCACUCUUAAGGUCGAGUUUGGUAAACACCUUAGCGCCCUGGAGUCUGUCAAACAAUUCUGAGAAAAGGGGAAUGGGAUAAGCAUUUCUGAUGGUAAUUUUGUUUAAUGCCCUAUAAUCAAUACAUGGCCAUAACUCUCCAUCUUUCUUGGAUACAAAAAAGAACCCUGCACCUGCAGGUGAAGAAGAUUUACGUGUGUGACCUUUUUGUAGAGACUCUUUAAUGUAAUCCUCCAUAAUCCUACUCUCCUGUGGUGAUAAGGGGGCAUAGUGCCGGGUAACAAAUCUAUGGAGCAAUCAUGAGAUCUGUGAGGAGGUAGCGUAUCGUCGGUGUGAAUUUUACUAAACACUUCUUUAACCUCCCAGUACUGCACAGGAAUUUCGGUAGGCUGAGGCGUAGGAGUAUUUAGAGCAACAAUGCCCAUUCUUUUAGUAAUGGGUAACCUACAUCUCUCACUACAUUAUUUACCCCUUCCAGUAAAUCCCCCAUUGCCCAGUCAAUAUGAGGAUUAUGCUUAACAAGCCAUGGGAAUCCCAGUAUAAUGGGACAAGAAGGGGAAGCAGUUAUCUAAAAUGUAAUGAUUUCUUUAUGUAAUGCUUCUAUAGUAACAGUAAUAUGCAUAGUUUCGUGGGUAAUUAGAGGUUGAGAGAGAGGUCUCCCAUCAAUAGCCUCGAUGGCCAGGGGUGGUGAUCUCUCCUUGAUGGGUAGGUGGUGUUUACUGACAAAUUGUAUGUCGAUAAAGUUUCCUGCAGCACAAUCAUGGCUUUACAUGAAAAACUUUUCUUGUUGCAUAGAGCAGUAAUAUUAGGGAGAAAUCUUUAAGUAGUACCAGGAGACAUAUCCAUCACAUCCAUCAUGGUUCUUAGGUGCGCAAGUUUUCCGGACGUAUGGGACAAGCAUCUCAUAUGUCCUUUCUUGCCACAGUAUAAGCAAAGGCCCUCUUUUCUCCUGAACUGUUUUUCUGCCUCUGACAGUCUCAUAAGCCCAACUGCAUAGGUUCAGUUUUAGACUGCACAGGAGGGCCAGAAACAACAGGACUAGAGAAGCGAGGCGCCAAUGACAUAUUCAUUACGUUUGGUUCUAUUUCUGUCAUACCUCGUGUCCCGAACCGUCCCGGUCCCGCCGUCCAUCCUCUCCUGCCGGGCGGAUCUAUGGCUGGCGUCACGCGUGCGCGGCUCCAGGAGCGCACACGCGUCCGAGGACGUGCGCAUGCGGUAGCCGACAGGGGUGACGUGACCCUUAGCAUUUAAAGUCUAGCCUAUUGCUACUAUCUAUUUAUAUCCUGCCUCAUUUCUGUCCCUGCCUAUCAGAGUACAGCUUGCCCUAUAUUAACCUCCUUCUGACAUCACUUCCUUCCCCUGUCGUGGUUUAUUAUAGCCCGAGAGUGCGUUCUUAUUACUUGUCUUUCUUUGGUUCCUGACUUCGGCUUGUUAUUUUGUUAUUCUUGUUUCUGGCUCCCUGGACUUUUGGCUCUGUCUAUACGCUUACUCGUACCUCUAUAUCCCUGACUUUGGCGUGUCUGACUAUUCUUAUCUCUUAUUCCUACGUUAAGCCGACCACUUUAAGAUCCGGUAAUACAUCUGCCUGUGCUUGCCUUUACUGUUCUCUGGAUUGCAUGUUGGGGAGUAUUAAGCUUGACCAUUUCUAGUUAUCUCCCUGUUCCUAAGUCAAUUAUGCAUAUACAUCACAUAAGUGAUGUAUUUAUUUAAUCUCCUUGGUUGUUCUUUGGCUGCAAUCUCAUCAAGGAUAGCUUCAGAUAAUCCCUCUGAGAAUGCGGUGAAUAAUCCGUUAUUGGUCCAGUCUACCUCAGAAGCCAGGGUGCGGAAUUCUAUGGCAUACUCUGAGACAGACCGGUUCCCUUGCUUGAUACACAUUAGGGCAGUGGAGGCGUUGCUCUCCCUUCCCAAUGGUUCAAACGUUAAUUUGAAUUCCUCAAGGAACUCCUGGUAAUUAUGGGCAACAGUCUUAUUACUCUCCCAUAAUGGAUUGGCCCAUGCUAAGGCUUUACUUUGUAGUUGGUUCAUUAAGUAUCCAAUUUUAGCUCUAUCCGUGGGGAAAGACCCAGGUGAGGCUUCAAAAUGGUACUCAAUUUGAUUAAGGAAUCCCUGAUAUUCAUGAAUAUUACCUUUAAAAUAUAGGGUGAAAAUAGGGUGAUUGUAGGUGCCCUAUAUACGAUAGGUGUAGGUACAGUAGGUGGGGGGGGGGUAUAUUGCCGAAGGGACCUCAGGCUGCAAAUGAGCCGUACGUAUAAGUAGCGUAUUGAAAGCUUGGGCAAAUUGAUCAAUAUGAUGAUCAUUCUCCUCUAGCUUUCUCUCACAAGCUAAAAUGUGCUGCCACAUAUCUGCAGGAUCUAUAGCCAUGUCGUAAUGUCAGGAUUAUAUUGAUCCAACAUGUAGAAUAGUAUCACACCCUAGAUCUAAAGGGUAACGUGUUACCGGACCUUAGAAUUGCCGGACUUAACGUACCCGAGAAUAGCCAGAAAACUAGCCGAGGUCAGGGACACAGAACGAGACACAGCGAUGAGGAAAAGUCAAGGGUACCAGAAAUCAGGGAAGUCAAAACGAAGCCAAAGUAAAAAAACAGAAUAACACGAUCAGGAACAUACUCUCGUAUAACCAUCUAAGGGAAACCACGACAGGGCAAUGAGCUAAGGAAUAAGUGAGUUUAAAUAAGCCUCUUGCAGAUCCGAUUGGCUAUACCUAGCCCUUGACCCCAAAACGUGCGUGUGCAUCUUUUGCGUGACGUCACCUGCACGUCGACGUCGUCUUUACCGUAGACAGACGUUGGGCUAUAUAAUUGAGUGGGUCUGCAGCGGCCAGCGUGCACCGACAUGCCGCAUAAACCAGGCAUCAUGGCAGAAGACCGCCGAACGCCACUCCCCUCGAUCUUCGGAAGGUAAUUAUCUCCGUUUUUGCCACAUGGAUACGAAGGAUACGUGACAAAAUAUAGGGAAAAGUCUAUUUUAUUCAUAUAAUUUGAAUGUAAUAUAAGCAUAAUUAAUAAUAACAAUUUAGUAUUUUACAGUAUUUAUGAUUGACAAUGAGGACUAAAACUUUACUACAUUUAUGUUGGCAUGUUAAAGCCUGAAAGUUUAUGGACACAGCUUGUCAGUGUGUUGGCGGCAUUUCUGUGAUUUAGAUGCUAGGAACUGAAUUUUGUUGCUUUCAAGCACGGGAGGGCUGGCAGCCUUAAAGGACCACUCUAGGCACCCAGACCACUUCAGCUUAAUGAAGUGGUCUGGGUGCCAGGUCCAGCUAGGGUUAACCCAUUGUUUUAUAAACAUAGCAGUUUCAGAGAAACUGCUAUGUUUAUCAAUGGGUUAAGCCUUCCCCCAAAGCCUCUAGCGGCUGUCUCCUGUUCCGCGCGGAGUUUCUGUUUCCUGUAACCGGUCGGACUGACAGGAAGUGCACACUCCUUCCUAUCAGUCCGGCCGGGCACCGCGGACAGCAGAGCAGCUCGGCCACGCUACAGGGGAGGGCAAGGAAGGAGCAGCCGCAGCCGCCUGAGGCUCUUAACAGAGCGCUCAGGCGGCUGCAGCAUUUAAAGGACCGGCCCUGCAGCGGCCGGUGCUAACAGAAUUUAGGGUGGCCUGGGGGGCAAUUGCCUUCCUGCCCCCCGGCCCAGCCCGCCCCUGCUUUCAAGUGAUGCGUGAACAGAUUUUAUCAAACUAUUGAAAUGAGUGUUCAAUUUGGUGUUUUACUUAUGAGAAUUCUCAUGAACAAUGUUCUCAGAAAACACACCUGUAUAGUUAUUUUUGUUUAAGUGAUUUAAAGGACCACUCUAGGCACCCAGACCACUUCAGCUUAAUGAAGUGGUCUGGGUGCCAGGUCCAGCUAGGAUUAACCCAUUCUUUUAUAAACAUAGUUUCAGAGAAACUGCUAUGUUUAUGAAUGGGUUAAGCCUUCCCCCAAAGCCUCUAGCGGCUGUCUCAUUGACAGCCGCUAGAGGCGCUUGCGUGCUUCUCACUGUGAUUUUCACAGUGAGAGCACGCCAGCGUCCAUAGGAAAGCAUCGUAAAUGCUUUCCUAUGCGACCGGCUGAAUGCGCGCGCAGCUCUUGCCGCUCGUGCGCAUUCAGCCGACGAGGAGGAAAGGAGGAGGAGAGCUCCCCGCCCAGCACUGGAAAAAGGUAAGUUUUUACCCCUUUCCCCCUUCCAGAGCUGGGCGGGAGUGGGUCCCUGAGGGUGGGGGCACCCUCAGGGCACUAUAGUGCCAGGAAAACGAGUAUGUUUUCCUGGCACUAUAGUGGUCCUUUAAGGUUUUCUGAAAUUCCAUGCAUUCAUGACUGAGGGUGUUAGAACAGUUUUUGCCGUGUGUUUGCUCCACUGUAAUGUCUUGCUGUCUCAUUAAGUGCAAUGUACACAUUAUAUUUUAUUUUGUAAAGAACAUAUGCAGCUUUCUUCAGUUCCCCUAUUUAAGUAUAUAACACAAUAUAAGUGUGAACAAUACACUACAUGAAAUGUGUCUAAAGGCUCUUGAUUUUUUUUAUUUUCUUCCCCAUUUUUUAAAACUAUUUUAUGAACAACCUAUACAGACACUGCUGGUUUUAUUUAUUUGUAUUUGUGUGUUUAUCACGCAUAUAUGUGUUUGGGUGGAUUUCAUAGAUUUUGUGUGUUUCUGUAGAAUAAAGACCCAAGAAUUGUAUUCUGCUUUGCCUCCGAGAUCAGAAACAUCCUUUUGUAGACUUUUGUUAGAGUUUUAGUAGUGAUGCUGUCAAAUUACAAACAUGCCAGUUUCAGUGUUCUGACUUGCAAUUCUGACUGACUGAUUUAUGGACUCAUGUUGCUUUUGAGAAAAAAUAGCAGCCUUUCAAAUGUACCGGAACUUACCAUUUUGGAUUACCAUUUUCAAAAAGAAGACCCAGUCUGGAUAAGGAUCAUUGUUCAAGCUGCAGAUCUAAUGGAAAGCUGUAACAAUGAAAACAUAUUCAGUAAGAAAUAGAGCACUCACAGUACAUCACUUGGGAAAUGAGUACAAAGUAAUACCAAAGUAUCUGGAAAUCCCAGUUAACACUGUUGGCUCAACUAUGGAAAUGGAGGCUGCAGCACACCACCUAGAUACUUCUUAGAAGACGCUAUCCUCAAAAGUCCAGCAACCAAACAUGGAGGAGACUUGUGAAGGAAAACAAGAAAAAGCCAUCAGUAACUUUAAAUGAGCAAAAGAAGUUAGUGACUGAAACUGGACGAGGUGUGCCCCAGUAACAGAAUCAAGAGCUCUGUCAAUAUGGCCUGUAUGGAAGGCCAGAAAAAAAGUCCCUGGUCAAUAACAGCCAUAUGAAAGCUUGUUGACAUUUGCAGAAAUGCAUGAGACUGGCGCCGCUAAGUUGAGGGAAAAGGUUUUAUAGUCAGAUAAGACCAAUAGAAAGUUAUUUUGACCAUUAUUCAAACCACUAUGUGUGGAACAAACAAAAUACCACCCAUACCUCAACAAACACUCUUUCUACAGUGAAAUGUUGUGGUGGCUUCAUCAUGCUGUGGGUGUCGUAAAUUGAAUUACAAUUGUAAAACAAUAUUUAAAAUAAAGUUUACCCCUUUAAGAAGUUUUCGCAAUUUCUCAGGAGAAGGGAAGAAAAAGAAGUAAUCCAAUUUUGGAAUUACCGAUAAAGAGUGAGAAAUUGUACAGUAAUCCAAACGAAACAAAAAUAGAUAGUCUGUACUUUAACUUGAUCACAAAUAAUAGUCAGAAAUGUGGGAAUAACACAAUAAUCUUGUAGUGAAUUCCAGAGGAGAUGUAGUUAACAUUCUGAGUUUGGCAACGUGGAAAUCAUUUAGGUGCUGAGAAGGGAGAUCCAAAAGAGAGGUAAUAAAUCUGAGUUUGGCAACAUGGAAAUCAUCCAGGCGCAGAUAAGGUAGAUCCAGGAGAGAAGUGGUUAAUCAAUCCGAGUUCAGCAACGAGGAAUAAAGUCAGAAGCAGAGUAGAGAAAUCCAGAGGAGAAGUAAUAAAUCUCUCCGUGGUCAGCAAGAUUAAAUCAUUCAGAAGCAGAUAAGAGAGAUCCAGAAGAGAAGUAAGAAAACUAUCAGAGGUUGGCAACAAGGAAAUCAAUCAGUGGUAAGCAGAGCAGUGGGAGGAGGCAAUGGCACUUGGACUCAAAUAAACGGAUCUUAAAGUGGAGGUAAAAGAAUUAUGUCUAACCAAAGUUGAUACACAUUAACUGUGCACUGAGGCACUGAAGUUGAAUGUUUAAAUAAUGUACCAUUACAUAUGUCAGUGCCUCAUUAAAGACACAGGCUCUCAUAUAUCAGUGGGAGUGAUUUUCAAGAAGGGACUGGUAAACUUGAAGAAAGAAUGAAUGUGUUAAAUUCUGGACAAUACUGCAGAAGAAUCUUUUUUCUUUUUCAGAAAAGGCUGAAGUUCUGAAAAGUUCACCUUUUAACAGGCCUUGAUCCCAAGCAUGUGCCAAAAGCAAAUUUGGAAUAACAACAAAGAAAAAAAAAAUGAUUAUCCUACAGUUGCUCAUGCUCUCAAUUCUAUUGAGAAUAUGUGGCACUGUUUGAAAAUUUGUGUCCUCAAUGGCCACCCAACUAACCUCUGCCACAUGGAGCAAAUUUGCCAGGAUCAGGGGGAAAAAUACUCCCAGCCACUGUGCAAAGCUGGUAAAUUCUUACCUCCCCUUGACAUAAACAUAGGGCCCAUGUUUGUAAAAUAUGUGGGGUGUGUACACAUACACAAAGUCUCCCCACACUGAUUCAGACCCCUACAGUCAUCCUUUACAAUUAUCUCCCACACAGUAACCACCAAUAUACAUUCAGUAUCCUACACUCAAAGUCACACACAACUCACAGCCUUUCCAAAAAGCACUGUACAGAUCAGAUGUCAAGACCUCAAGCAGCCCCCCAUGCAUACAACACACUACAAGCAGCUCCCAUACACACACACAUGCUCACAGAUAUAGAGAUACAUGUGGCAGAACCUACCGUCCUAUUUGAACUGCUUAAUUCCCUUAUGUUCGGGAGCUGUUGGAACCGAACACUCUCCGUUCGACUCCCAAACGUGGACCACACCGACAACUCAUUAGAACCUUAGAAUGAACCAUUAAAGCAUUGGAGUUACAAGUAUCCAACGUGCGAAACCGCAAGGGAUAUAACUAAUGAAUGCUUCCCCUGAACGCAGGUACCGGUACUUGGUCGUCAAGUAUCUGGAACUGUUUUCGGCUAUGCACUCGCACGAAACCCGGCAAAGAUGAUACCGCUGUCCGUCCCACUUCCUGACCAACUACACGACCGGCGUUUGGGAGAUAGCAUCCACCGACUGGGGGCACCUUUCACUCCCUGAAAGCAAGUUAUCUUGUAUGGUGUUCGCGCAAAAACCCCCGAACAGAGACCGGCCUUUGCUACCAAUUCCCUGCUACCAGUUUUGGGCUUUUCCCUCGUGGCAGGCUGGUCAGAACUUUACCCCGGUGGCGAUUCCAUUCUACGUGCUAUUUGGCAAACCUGGCCACUCAGAUCAGGGCUACCCAGGGAUAUGACAUUUGUGGGGUUCCUGUUAAUAUUUGGGAUACUUUUGGGGUGUUUUUUUAUAAAAAUAUGUAUGUUUCCCUGUAACUGAGAGAUAAUUGAGUUACAGGGAGUGGCUAUGUUUCUGUAUGGAGACCCUCUGUGUUUAAAAUUGCGAGUGUUUAGCCUGAAUAAACGAGUUGACUCCCAGAACUAUGCCUCGUCUGGUUGCUGGGGGGGGGAGGGGAUAGAGCAUAAUCACACAACGGUUCCAGUCUGGCUGAGAUGGAAAAUAGUGGAGGUAAUCAGUCGGGUUACCCUGAGUCCGCUACAUCUGGUGGCAGUGGUGGGAUGGUACCUCCCAGCCGAAAGGAACCAGCCUUCCCCAUCCACAAAUUAAACCAAACCCAUGGAUGAAUUAUACAGCGCUGAAAUGGAAAGCCCUCAAGUAGUUGCUGGAAGCCAGAGGACAAGUUGCCAGCAACCGUUCCAAGACCAACCUAAUCACAUCGCUCAUGGAUAUCGAUGGAAUCAGCUGCGGUCCAGCUGUGCCGGCGACCAGCGAGACAGAAUUACAACGGGAGAUGCGGAUACGCCUAGCAUUCUAUGGGAGCAAUCCAUCGGAAGAGAUCGUGGCCCGAACGCUAUCCGAAGUACAAGCGUACCUCUUGACAAAAGGUGAAUGGGAGAACCAGCUGCAACUUACCGAAGGGCGUAAGCCAAAAAUCGAAUAUAAUGCAUUUAAAACGUUUGGAGUUGGAGGAGGACAUUGACAAAUUCCUACAAGAUUUUGAAUGUCACCUCCCUCUCUUAGCAGGAAGGUUGACCGGGAAAGCCGCAGACGGAUACCGGGCAGUACCCGACGCAGACCUUUGCAAUUACUCCAGCGUUAAAUAGGUACUGCUGGCCCGACAUGCGUUCACACAUGAGGCAUAGCGCUGGAGAUUCCGCUAAUCAAAGAAGCAAGAAAAGGACUUGCAUACCGAAUGGGUUUGCCGUUUAACCAGGGCAGUAAUUGGAUGCAGGCAAAGACACCGGAAGAAAUAAUGCAAGUUGUCCUACUAGAACAAUUUUACAAUGGACUCUCCUCAGAGGUACAAGAAUGGGUGAGGGACAGACAACCCUCCACCAUAAAUGAAGCAGCUUAGCGGGCGGACGAAGCCCGAAUACCACAACAACCCAGCUACUGACCUACUCUACACCACGUUCAACCCUAUGUACCUGCUCCGGUAUCCCAACCCCUGAGCCAACCAACCCCAGGAGCACCACAGCGGGCUCCCAACCGAGCCAACACCCAGUGCCAUCAAUGUUUCCGGGCACGUAAAAAGAGACUGUCCCCAGCCAAGAGACCGCUCACAGUGGAUGUGACCAGGAUCACCACCAGUACCCAGGGUAGCCACCCAUUAUUAUCAUGCUGAUGUCCCACCUACCCAAACUCCCACUGAGGAAGCCUGGGGUUUCCUACAUGAAGCCGAUCCAGUACAAGCUGCAGCAGAUAACCGGAGUCACCAUCGGCAGUCUGUCAAACUGAAUGUAGGAACAGUUUAGGACUUGCGGGACACAGGAGCCACAUUGACCCUGGUACAGCAGAAGCUUGUCACAGAGGCAGAAAAGACCGGAGGAACUGUAGCCGUCCGUGUAGCAGGGGGAGCCAUAUACUGUCUUCCUACCACCAAGUCCACCUAGACUGUGGCGUUGGAAAUGGAAUGGUCGAGGAACCACCUACCCGCAAAGGUUCUACUGGGCAACGACCUGGGUCCGUUAACCUCUACUUUUGUGCCCCAGACAGACCAGGAGGAUUUAUACCCAGUCACUACCCUGCUACAAGCCCGCACCACCCAGGACAGCUUGCUCUCCGAGGCUCAGGUAAGAGCAAACUCCCCUGCCCUUAACCCAGCCCUGCUCCCUUGGGAUACCCCAGCUGAAUUUGAAACAAGUAGCCGCUGAUCCCUCCCUACAAAAGUGUAGAGAGAAGGUAGCCACUAGCCAGGCAGGGUUAGAAGGUGAAAGGUUUAUGGGGAAGCGGGGACUGUUAUAUAGGGUAGCUGAAAGAGUAGGGUCUGAGAUCGCACCGUCAACUACUAAACUCUAUUAAUAGCUCACGAUAUUCCCAUAGCUGGGCACUUGGGGGGUAAGCCGCACAAAGCAUCAGCUCACCCAGAGUUUCUUCUGGCCAAGCAUCUAUAAAAACUUGAGACAACACUGCCAGUCUUGCGAUGUCUGCCAGAAAUUAGGGAAAAGAGGGGACCGAAGCAGGGCCAAGCUCCAUCUCCUGGGAGCGACCGCGCAUCUGGUAUGAUUGGGGAGCUUGGAACCGUAGUUUUCAAAUCGGCAGGGCCCAUACCAGGUAGUAGAACAGAAGUGUGACACUACCUAUGUUAUAGGUCCCUGUUUAGGAGAAGGGGUUUGGCGCUUGUUACAUGUGAACAUGCUAAACAAAGGAUGGAACCGCUAUAUGCGUGCCUACUUCAGAAGAUUUUGACAAUGCUAACACCUGGCUAUUUGCAGGAUUAAUCACUAAACUCUGGAUUUUGCCAAAUUAAAUCCAAAUGGAAACACUAAGGCAAAAAUAGAUGAUCUGGAAAAAAUUCUUCCACUCAGCUAUAUUCACAACUAUUUCUGCCAUUUAAAUAGCGAAAAUCUUGUAGUGAGAUUGUGGUGUGUGCUUGCUGUAACUACUCUGUCUAAUCUGUGUUGGUUGUAUGUAAUGUGCAUAUGGUGUGUGCUGGUUGUAUGUAAUGUGUAUAUGUGCUGGUUAUGUUUAAUGUGCAUGUGAUGUGUGCUGGCUGUAUAUAAUGCAUGGGUUGUUUUGUUUUGUGUGGUUUUUUUUGUUUUUUUUUAUUGUCUGUCCUGAAGUUGGCAUCCCAUAGUUAUCAUAAUUUUUCGGCACAUUUUUCUUUGAGCUUAGUUGUGUAAAGCCAGCCCAUGUGACUUUUUCCAAAAGAAAGUUCAGGGGAUUAUGGGAAUAAAAAAUUUAAGGGGUGCGGAGCCAGCUGCCAUACUGUUUGGACGCAUAACAAGAGAGCUCUGGGCCGUUCUCCAAAUAAAGGCCUACUAUUUGCCCUUUCAGCACAGCACCUGACCGCAAAGAGAGAGGUAUCGUUCCCACUAAUGACAACCGCCGACAUCGGCGAUCUCCUGAGAAGGCCGCAAGGAGUAGUGAAGCCUGUCAUAGAGCCUCUCUCCGACGGGCUGUCUUACUCAUCUAGCGAAACAUCGCUCCCAGACAUGGAGGAACUGGCCAUCAUCACUAGAAGACCGAGAGCUGACUUGCCUGCAAAGCGGUCAGACGGCUCACCGGUGACGGAGGGAACUUUGAAGGCACUCCUGGACGACCUCCGCCACAGUCUAGCUGCUGAUAUUUACUCCUUCAUGGAGGAGAUUAGCGGAGUGUCGAUGCGCCUCCACGGUCGCCCAUGAGACCUGCCUAAAUACGUGAGAUGAACAGGCCCAGACUCGGAGCCGCAUGACAGUGAUGGAAUUUCACAGGAGAUGGAAAAAUGUUAGAUAAGGGGAAUACCAGAGCAGAUCGGCACAGCCAAAAUCCAUCACCUAGGCAGGAGUUUACUCACACAUCUCUUUUCAGCCAAGCAGGCUAACAUGAUGGCCCUGGAUAGAUGCUUCAGACUCCCGGCGCCUACAUCACGCUCCACCGAGGUGAACAGGGAUGUCAUCGUCCGACUUUAAAAUGGGCCGGAUAGGCAAGCGUUCCUAACAACAUUGCGGAAUAAAUCACUAUAUGACUUCAAAGGACACACGCUAAUGUUCUAUCCAGAGCAACACUGGAGUGGCGUAGGUCUCUAAAGCCGCUGACAACAGAAUUGAUACAACACAACAUACCUUACAAAUGGGACACCCCAAAAUGUUUGCUGAUACCCCAGGACUCAGGGAAUCUAAAAGUCCACGAGGCCGCAGAAAUUAAAAGCACCAUACAUCAAUUGGAGUAACUCUGCUUCGGCAGCUAUCUCCUGAAGAACUCAUUAGAUCGCAGUACCUCUUUAACUCAUAACAGUUCUUGCUCCGUUAUGCUUAUAAUUGUUGUUUCACAGUUUAAAUGUUUUAUAUUAAUCUUAUAUGAAUCCUAACACUAAGUACGAUAUCCGCUGAUACAUAGUUUCCCCCAUCUGCUGGCUUGAGGGUUAUACCUCUUAACACUCCCACCCCGCCCCCCUACCCUCUGACCUUACAUUAUUGCCAUUGUGUCACCCAAUGGGUGCCAGCUUCUUGUACAUGUAGACCCAUAUUGACUUCCCUCUUACUAAACCAAUAGGCAUGAGGCCUAUACCGCCUCGAAAUGUCACUAACGCCACCUACCUACCUACUCUUUCAUAACAGGCGAUAGGCCAAACAGGCAACAUAACAGGCUAUGUUACACCACUUCCCUAUCUCCUGCAUUUAAGCGACAUACUAGCCUGCAUUCCUCCUUUUUCCCAGUAUAAAAUAACGUGCUGUUUUAAUGCCAUGCCUUUGUUUUUGCUAUGUUGAACUCAUUGUACUUGCACCUGCUGUCAUGGCAGCGCAAUGUUGUAGUUAUACCUUGCACAACAAAAAUAAAGAAUUAAUCAAAUAAAAAAUAUCAGUGUUAUUGGUCAGUAUUUGUAAUAAAAAAAAAAUUAUGCUUCACAAUAUAAUACUGAAGAUAUUACCAAUUAUAUACUACUUCCAUAUGCUGGAAUGUGUUUCUACAUCACUGAUUUUAGGUUGUACUGCGCCUGUGGACUUAAUACACAUUUGGUGCCUCAGUGCCAUUUCUAUAUCUAUAUAUUGUGUUUAAGGUUUUGAUGCUGUAACCUACAGGCUCCUAAUAUGUAUGUAUUCCCUUUACCAUUCUAUUCUUUGGUCCAUUGUUAAUUGUCAUUGUUGAGAUAAGGUCUCUCUGGGUUUGAGAAUAGUGUGGUGGCAGCAUGCACCUAAUAUGUAUGUAUUUCCUUUACCACUCUAUUAUUUGGUCUAUUGUUAAUUGUCGGUGUUGAGAUGUGGUCUGUGUGGGUUUGAGAAAGGUGUAGCAAUACAGUAAUUGUUCUUUGCAUUUCUGGUGCUCCGUGAGUAAGAGUGCAUGCUGGGAAUCCUGCUGGCUGCACUUUAACUCACAAGAGAGCGGCAGGCUCCAAGGGAGCCAUUACUGAAGUCUAAACCUGCCGGAGGUACAAACCUCACACUGGCAGUCCCAACAUUGUCCUUCCUAGUGCAACUCUGCCGCUUGCCCGGUAGGUUAAAAACAAUUGCCUGCCUGGUGCCCAGAACUGUAUGUCCUGCAUUCUAAUGCCACAUCCAUGUAUAUAUGUGCGUGUGUACAAUAUUAGUAUAUGGGAGAUUUGAGUGGAGGAUCAUAGAAUAUGUUGUGAAAAAUGUCAGUUUUACAUUCAGUGAGGGGAAAAAGUAUUUAAAUCCUAUGCUGAUUUUGAACGUUUGUCCACUGGCAAAGAAAUGAUCAGUCUAUAAUUUUAAUGGUAGGUGUGUUUUAACAAUGAGAGACAGAAUAACAAAAAUAAAUCCAGAAAAACGCAUGUAAAAAAAGUUAUAAAUCAAUUUGCAUGUCAAUGAGUAAAAUAAGAAUUUGAUCCCCUAUCAAUCAGCAAGAUUUCUGGCUCCCAGGUGUCUUUUAUACAGGUAACAAGUUAAGAUUAGGAGCACUCUCUUAAAGGGAGUGCUCCUAAUCUCAGCUCGUUACCUGUAUAAAAGACACCUGUCCACAGAAGCAAUCAAUCAGAUGCCACACUCUCCAUUAUGGCCAAGACCAAAGAGCUGUCCAAGGAUGUCAGGGACAAGAUUGUAGACCUACACAAGGCUGGAAUGGGCUACAAGACCAUCGCCAAGCAGCUUGCUGAGAAGGUGACAACAGUUGGUGCGAUUAUUCGCAAAUGGAAGAAACUCGAAAUAACUGUCAGUCUCCCUCGGUCUGAUGCUCCAUGCAAGAUCUCACAUUGUGGAGUUUCAAUGAUCAUGGAAACAGUGAGGAAUCAGCCCAAAACUACACGGGAGGAUCUUGUUUAAGAUUUCAGGGCAGCUGGGACCAUAGUCACCAAGAUAACAAUUGGUAACACACUACGCCGUGAAGGACUGAAAUCCUGCAGCGCCCGCAGGGUCCCUCUGCUCAAGAAAGCACGUCAAACAUGAAGGUGGAAACAUGCUUUGAUGGUUUUUUUCUGGUACGGGCACAGGACAAACUGCACCGCAUCAAAGAUGGACCAUGUACCGUCAAAUCUUGGGUGAGAACCUCUUUCCCUCAGUAAGGACAUUGAAAAUGGGUCGUGGAUGGGUAUUCCAGCAUGACAAUGACCCAAAACACACAGCCAAUGCAACAAAGGAGUGGCUCAAGAACAAGCCCAUUAAGGUCCUGGAGUGGCCUAGCCAGUCUCCAGACCUUAAUCCCAUAGAAAAUCUGUGGAGGCAGCUGAAGGUUCAAGUUGCUAAAUGUCAGCCUCGAAUCCUUAAAGGACCACUAUAGUGCCAGGAAAACAUACUUGUUUUCCUGGUACUAUAGUGCCCUAGGGGUGCUCCCACCCUCAGGGUCCCGCUCCCGCCGGGCUGGAUGGAGAGGAAAGUGUUAAACGUACCUCUUUCUCCAGCGCCGGCUGGGGAGCUCUCCUCCUCCUGUCCUCCCUCUUCUUCCGUCACCGGCUGAAUGCGCAUGUGCGGCAAGAGCCGCGCACGCAUUCAGCCAGUCCAUAGGAAAGCAUUAUCAAUCCUUUCCUAUGGACGCUGGCGUCUUCUCACUGUGAAAAUCAGCCCUCAAUGAGACAGCCACUAGAGGCUGGAUUAACCCAUAGGUAAACAUAGCAGUUUCGCUGAAACUGCUAUGUUUACAGAAAAAAGGGUUAAUCCUAGCUGGACCAAGCACCCAGACCACUUCAUUAAGCUGAAGUGGUCUGGGUGCCUAUAGUGGUCCUUUAAUGACUUGUAGAGGAUCUGCAAAGAGAAGUGGGACAAAAUCCCUCCUGAGAUGUGUGCAAACCUGGUGGCCAACUACAAGAAACGUCUGACAAGGGUUUUGCCACCAUGUACUAAGUCGAAGGGGUUAAAUACUUAUUUCACUCAUUGACAUGCAAAUCAAUUGAUACGUUUUUUUGACAUGCGUAUUUCUGGAUUUUUUUGUUGUUGUUGUUAUUCUGUGUCUCACUGUUAAAACACACCUACCAUUAAAAUUAUAAACUGAUCAUGUCUUUUUCAGUGGGCAAACGUUCAAAAUCAGCAGGGAAUCAAAUACUUUUUUCCCUCACUGUAUUCAGAAAUGUUAUUUAUUUACAACUCUGUUUUCUUAUCUGCAACUUCAUUAUUUGGUAAAUGAUUUUUAAAUAGUUUUUCUGUCCAACCAAUUUUUUUUUUAUUUCCCAUUAAAGUGUUAUAUAUGCAUGCUGAAAUUAAAAAUAAUGGUGCUUCAGCUGUGGUUUUUCCUCAAACUGAGUGGUAGUAAAUACCAGUAAUAGAUGGAAAAUGGAUAUCUUCAAACAAGGACAAUAUGAUAUCUCCUAGAACAUCCAUAUCAAACUGCAGUUCUUAACUCUCUUAAUAUAAAAACUGAUGAUUUUAACACUUUUUGUUAUAUUUACUUUUUUAUAUCUAUAUUUUCUGCAAUCUCUCUCUUCAGAUUUUCCAGCCACUAAACACACACAUGGUUCUAGCCGGCAUAGAAAUAUGGUCCAAUGAAAAUCUCAUAAAUACAGAUACAGAUAAUGCACAAGACAUUCUUGACAAGUUUUUAAAGUGGAAGAGUGACUUCCUGGACAGUCGAAUCAAAUGUGACAUUGCAGGAUUAUCUCUGUAAGAAUUACAGUACAAUGUAAUGUUAUAUCAUACAUAUAUACUAUUUAGAGGAUAGAACACUCAGUAUACAGUAAUGUGAUUUUAUUCUGCCAUCGUACAAGGUGUGACAAUGUUUUGACAAAAGUAUCUUUGGAAAGCCAUCUUUGAUGCACAGGCACCACUCAUUUGGUGUUUACUGUGCCACACAGAUCUAUUUUCCAUAUGUAAUAUUCACAUUAUGUGGGAUAAUUUAAGAAUACGUGUUUGCAUUUCUAACACUAUAGUGUUGCUUUAAGCAAUAUAAAAGCACCAAAAAUGACCAGGCAUAAGAACCUGAACUCUAAACCCCAAACAGAGCACUCAGUAGGCAUCAUUGUACUUGCUCUCAUACAGUGUGCUAAUUCCUAAAUGAGAUAUUUGAGUUGAUGGCGCCACAGACCACUUGGAUAACCAGUGGAAAGAAUUUUGUUAUUCUAUAAUUUUAGUCCCUAUGAAUUUGUGCCCUUAAAGCUACUUACAUGGAGGACACUUUCAGCAUUCUUCUCACCUGGUAGAAGACAACUAUGAAGUCAAUUCAUUCUCUUAAUCAAUAGUUUUGGUAUGUAAUUUUAAAUGUAACUAUAUAGAUUUCAAAUGUCUAGACCUAAAGUUUCACAGUACUUAUAGUUGUAUUGGUUCCCAUGGUGUCCCUUAAAGACAAUCGGUAAAAGUGUGACUGAUUAGUCACAUACACCAUCUCAAAAAGUCUCUGGAAAGGAAAGCAAAAUCCAAACUAAUGUAAUACAACUAUCCCUGUGAUUGAAUUGCUACCUCCAAUCAGAGAGUCUAAAUUAAGAUGCAUGUUUUCCAUGAAAACAGAAAACCACAGGGCACCACAAUCACUAUAUAGGCAAUGUAAAAUGGGGGUGAAAAAAGAAGGAAUAUAAUGACAAAGAUAAAAAAUAGCAAGAAUUUAUUGAUUACAAAAUAUCCACAUUAACAGCACAAUACAUGUGCAGUAAGAAAUAAAAUUGCCACAAUAGGCCAAAGACCCUUAGGUACAGCAGUUUAACACAACAUAAUACUGGACUAGAUAGACAAAGUGCAAGUGCCUAAGUGCAAGUAAACACAGAAAUAAAGGUGCAGAAAAGUCAAUCAUAGUCAACCACUUUCAAGUUCAAUGAUAAUGAACUGAAGGAAAAAAUAUUGCACAAACAAUUAAAAACCAGUAUAAAUGCAAAAUAAAACUGCUGAUACCAAACUGCAGGGUCACAGGGUAUGCUCGAAUAUGCUCAACGCGUUUCGUCUUGCGACUUCCUCAGGACCUCUGGGCAGAUGAUUCACUUUGAAUGGGGGCACAGAGAGUCUGCCUGUAUCUGUCUUCCAUGUAGACAAGUCAAUGGUAGGUUCUGGCAAAUGGCCAUUUGAGAGGGAUAUCAGUUGUUUGUCCUCUAAGGCAGGGGUGGGCAAUCUGCAGCCCUCCAGAUGUUUUGGACUACAUCUCCCAUGAUGCUUUGCUAGCAUUAUGGCCCUAAGAGCAUUAUGGGAUAUGUAGUCCAAAAGAUCUGGAGGGCUGCAGAUUUGCCCACCCCUGCUCUAAGGGCACAGACAAUGUCACUUUUCCAGUGAGGCUUUACUGGAUAUUUGCAUUAAGGGCCGACAGAAUAUAACUGCCUAGUAGAUUAGCAGGGGCAUGAGGGCUGACAAGUAGUCUGGUUACGAGGGCAGUAGAGUCGUGAGCUGUAGUCUCAGUUUGUGGGUAAGGGGAAUGUCACUUGGGAUCCCAUCCACCUCUGCACAUGAUAAUACAUCUUCAGACUUCUCAUACGGGAAGACAUAUUAUUCCUGCAACAUUGAUCUGGCUGCCCCUGUCUUGAGCAGAAAAGGGACUCUUCGGUCCCCGGGCAAUGUAACAUUGAUAAUGGAUGAGGGUCCAGCUGUGUCAGGGAUAUUUAAAGCAUGUAGGGACAAUGGGUUGCCAAUUUCCUAUUGGGGCAGGGGAGGUGGUUGGUUGUCAUGGGAGUUAUCAUUUGAAGCCUGGGGGUGUCCAUUUUUAGGAGGACACCUGCAGUUAAGUUGAAUGUGUCCUUUCCUGCCACAAUUUCAGCAGUCUACCUGCUUUCUGUCUCCACCAGCUCUAGGAACAGAUAGUGCCAUUAGAGGUGUGCUACUCUUUCUAGUAUUUAGAUUGGCUUCCACUCCCAUAGCCACCUUUACCAGAUCACCAUAGGUUAAACUUCUCCACUCAGGUCUAGCAUUUUGGAGACCAGUCCUUAUGGGUAUGUGGAGACCAUCCAUGUAGCAGUUAAUAAGCAGUCUGGUGGAAGUGGUUUCAAUAUCUGUGUAACCCAAUGCCUCCCAAGCCAUCUGUAGUCUGGUGAAGAAUGUUUCAACUGAUUCAUCUUUCCCUUGUACUUUAUCUCCUAAUUUAUGGGCUAGUUCAUCUGUCUUUAAUUUAGCCCAUUCUCUCAUUGCAGUGACAUAACAUGCUCCAGAUGCAGACUUGGUUCUAAACCAUUCAUCUGUUCGCAUGUUGCUUCUUCUGAGGUUAUCUUCAUGGGCAUCGGUAUAUUAGCCCAAAUGGCGCCAUCUUUUAGGGCGACAAUCUGUUUUUAAUCCCUCCAAGUACACUGGCAAGUAGCAUAAAUUGUGGAUAGAGACUGGACUAGAGCUAUGGGGGCCUUUUCUACAUCUGGCAGCUGCUGUAUUAUUGCCAGUUGUUUAUUGGGUGUCCAGGGCUUAUAUUCUUCCCAGUAUUGGAUACCUGAGCUCGGCUGUCUCUUCUCAUGGUAUACGCUCUCAACUUUGGUUAUCAUGGGAGUAGUAAAUUGUGGUGCUAAUGGCCCCACUGGGGAGUAUAUGGGGGCAGCUAGGGGUUCCCUUAAGUUUGGUGGACUACCCUCUUCCUCUAAUGAACCCAUAGGUCUUACUGGGGCGGCUGGGGAACCAUAUGAAGUCCCACUGCGUAAUAUUACUGGAAAGAGAGGUUCUGAUUUCUGUAAAAAGGGCCAAUAUGUGAGCUAGGGGUUUAGGGAAACCACAACUUGUACACUUUUCCUCCCCCCAAGAAUUUGUCCAUUUGCACCGUGGACAGAUCCAAUAUUCUUUCUGACUAGUGAUAGUAGAACCAAGAGAUGCCUGAUCUUGGAAAAUCGCUUGGUCUUUAGGGACCAAAGGAGUCCCUCCCUUACCCAGGUAAGGGGGGGGUUUCAAGAUUUUUCCCAGGAUCUUGCCUACUCUGGGAACAUAGAGGUCCAAAACAUUGAUAAUAUGGUAUACCUUUUCUGGUGGUUUCUUUACAACCACAUUUAGUUAAUUCAACCGGGUUUCACGGUACCAAUUGUCAUAGAUCCAAUAUGGAUCGAUCUUAUAUUCAGGGGAACCUAAAUUGUAUAAAGUGCAAUUGGAGAAGCGUGAAUUAGACACCAGACGUGUGUUGGUUAUCAAAAUAAGCCUCUGGCGUUUAUUAUAGCAGUUUGUGCUUUUAUACAUUAAAACGUAAGUGCUUACAUGCAAAUACUCAUAGAACAGUAGUAGGAAGGGAGUGAAAUAACAGGGAAGGAGUACAGAUAAGACAUAGGGAUGAACGUCAUGUACAUAUAACAGAUAAGUUCCAGGAAAGAGAAGAAACAGACUGAUUUAGCAGAGACCGCUGAGGUGAGAGCUAUAUGCUCCCAGAACUAGACAUAUAUGGUCUUAAGUGUCGCUUUGAGCAUUAAGCAUUUCUUGAGUCCAAGGUAGCCAAUUUUAAUAUAGGCUAUCUAAUAUGACACCUAUAAGCUUGAAUCUUGGAAUUAAGGUAAAUUCUUUCACAGGAUAUAAGACAGAAUAUCUUAAAAGUCAUUACACGGCUUUUGACUAAAUUCUUACAUAAGAUGAUCACAGGAAGUUUUUGAAUCAAGAAAAAUAUAAAGAUGAAAAAUUAUGAGGUCGAAAUAAUUGUAAAGUAAAAUAAUUUGUACAGUAAUGUAAAGUUAAAUAAAACACUGUCAGCUCUUAUCCACGGAACCACUUUUUCCAUAUUUCCUCAUAUCUACUUAGCUUAUCCAUCAGUCUAUAGGAAAUCUCCCCGUGUAUCCUAGUAGUUUCUAAUCGACUAACAACUUGGUGAAUCUCUGGCUCCGCUCACUGUUAAAAUACACCUACCAUUAAAAUUAUGGACUGAUCACUUCUUUGUCAUUGGACAAACAUUCAAAAUCAGCAGAGGAUAAAAUACUUUUUCCUUCACUGUAGAUUAUUCAGGCUUCAUUGAUGAACACUAAUGCAGCAAUACCAACUGAUUUAUAAUACUCUUCCUUUAAUUUUAGAAGGGAAAGUACUGUUUCUGUGUCAGGGCUGGCAUAUUUGGAGGGAGCAUGCAGUCUUAAUAAAGCAGGAUUCUUUUCUGUGGUAAGUAACUUAAUAUACAUUUUUGUUAAAAUGCACAGAAAAAACAUAUGUUUAGGUAAUAAAUGUUCUGAGCUGCCUACACUGUUUUUCAGUUGCCUUUAGGUAUAAAAAAAACAUAUUUUCACUCUUGCCUUCUUGUUAUUUUUUCUGGUAACCGUCUCCUCAGGAAUCGUUAAGGAUAAUUAAAUGCAAUUUCACAUAUCCUAUGUUUUGUGAAGGUAUUGGAAUAUGACAAAUGGAAAAUGCUUGUCUGUUAUGGGACUGUCCCUUAAGAGACUUUUUCUGCUUUCCAUAGAUGAACCUUAACAAACUGGUGUUGAGUUCGGAUCUGUUUAUUCAUGAAUUGGGCCAUGUUUUGGGAAUGAAGCACGAUACCCCAGGGUGUACCUGUCGUUCUGGAAACACAACCUGCACUAUGAAUGAGAUCUUGUAG